CCCUGCCCCUCCCGCCCUCUACCUCUUUCUCUAUACCCGGCGCCCCUUUCUCUUUCGCUUUCAGUGACGCCCCGCCUUUCGGCCCCUCCGUCGAAUGCGCCCGAGGGUCCGCGCUUUCCUCCGUCUCGUUGGUCGCCUGAGCCUUCGCGGACGCCGUUGUCAGCUGACCUGACUAGGAACGGCUGCAGGCACGGAACUCGGAAUACAGGCUUUUUGGGUGGCUGGGCGCCGCCAUGGCUCCGGACCCCUGGUAAAUGUGUGUGUGGGGGGGGGGGGCAGACCUCUUGGUUGAAGCCGUGGAGCGUUUCCCUUCGGGGCUGCUGCCUUUGACCCAAGGGGUGGAGUGGGGGGGGGCCUCACUCUGGGCCUGAUAUCGGCCAGAGAAGGGCAGGCGCGUCCUGCCCCUUCCACUUAAUGCUAACCGGGCGUGGGCAGCCUGAAGGCAUAGUGCUGCUUACCGCCUCUCACUUUCCGCCUUGUUAAGGCAGGGAUGGGGAGAGUUUUGACCCUCCAGGUGCUUGUGGUAGCAUCUCCGUCCCCGCCCCCCGCACAUAGUUCCUGUCCCCUCAGCCAGCAUGGCCAAUGGUUAGGGACAGUGGGAGUGGCAACCCAGAAACGCAGCACCCCCGUUCCCCCUGCAAUAUAGUAUGAGGUUUGGUUUCUCCUCCUCCGUCCUCACCAUUCUUCCCUUCAAUCUCCUUCCUCUGGAAUCAGUUGUGGGGCUAGUGCUGUAGAGAUGGGAGAAUUUUCACAGGUGCAGCUUCUUCCGCCUUGGUGCUGUAGCAAUAGAAGACCAAAAAGCCAGCACCUAGCGUGGAUACAAAGGAAGGCUUGUACUUUGAUAGUAGCAUAGCAGAGAGAAUUUUCACAUGUGUAGCUUUUCCUUGUUUUAUUAUUAUUUUAUUUAUGAUUUUCAGUUUUAUACAUUUCAGUAAUUUUACAAUCAUUUCAACGUUUCAAAAACUCAACUUCCUUCCACAUUAACUUAAUUUACUCAUUUAUUCAUCUACUUUAAAUAUAUACUCUUAUAAAACUGCAGGUUAUUACAAUAAUCCUGUCAAAGUUCUUAUAUGUUUACAGUUUAUAUGUAAAUAUUCAAUAAACCAUUUCCAGUCUUUUAUAAAAAUUUGUUAUCUUGAUUUCAUAGUUUUCCAGUAAAUUUCACCAUUUAGUCAUAUUCCAUAAGUUUUUGUAUCCAUUAUUCUUUUGCUGGGACGACUUCUUUCCAUUUCCCCCCAGCUUUUCCUUGUUUGAUUCCUCCUUUGAUAUGGCAAGUGCUUAGGUGUAAUAUAGUUGUACUACUUUGCAACAGAGGGAGACAAGUUUCUCCUCCGUUAAGCACUCACACUUUGUAGUAGACUCAAUCUGUUUUGGGGGCGGGGAUUCCCUAACCUGUUUGCCUAUUAUGAGAUAUUUAGAUAGACUGAAUUAAAAAGCUAAAUAAAUUAUAUGUUCCUUGUGCUGGAUAAAACACUUCUGGUUAAGACUUUUGCAUUGUGCUUGGGAUACAAGGCAAUGCUCCCCAAGUUUGACAAGGGAUUGGAAUUCUAGUCAAGAUAGCUUGCUUUACUUGAACAGGGAUUAUUUCCAGGGCAAUAACAAUAGCAAUAAAUACCUCAAGUGAUAUGCUUUAUUUUUUCUUUAGGUUGACUGACUGUAUGUUUGCUUCAACCACAUAUAAUUACUGUGAGAGGGGGAAGUUGACCACAGUGUUUGCAUGUGAAUUCAGUGUAGCACUAAGGAGAUUGCUCAGUCAUCACAAGCCUCUCCGCUUGUCUAAUGGAACAAUCUUCUUCCCUAGUACAUUGUGCACAGUGUUCAAAACUCCCAUUGUUCUAGGUGCAGUACUGUGCCUAAGAUUUCAGAUUAAAACUCUGCAGAGUGGAAGGAAAGGAGGAGCUUUUUCUGCCUCCCCACUUCCAGCUACUCUCUGAAGACUGGAGAAGAGACCCUCUUAAGAAUAUUAGGGGGUGGGUAGGGGAAGGACUAGACCAUGUGAAAAAUGAACAUAAUAUUUUAGCUGCAGUUCAUUCAUUUUCAGCUUUGUUUGUAUUCUUAUAAAAAAGUGUGCCUAGACAUUACAUCGUUUUGCCCAUAAUCUAGGUUUAAGGUGCCAUUUAGCUCCUAGCUUUCAUAUCUGUUUCAAACACUGAUUGUACAUUGUUCCAGGGAUUCUCUUGACCCAUGAGCAGAUUUGAGAGGUGGGGCCUUGUUGCCCCCUAGGCUCAUUUGGAGGAAGGGUGGAAUAGAAAUAAAAUAGCUUACCUUGGUGCUGUUUAUGAAUUGUGACCAUGUGCUAAAAAUCCUCAGUGGUGUUUUAGCAUCCUGUGUCUUGUUACUUGCUAAAACUUGGUGGCAAUUAAUAUAUUGGCUCCUCUAUAGGAUGUUUGUUGGGUUAGCUUCUUUAGCUAUGCUCUAAAUUUGGAGGAAUUAUUUUAUGUAUAAGCUGUCCAUAUUUGUUUUAUUUCUUGUUUCCAUCUAUAGACUGCUUUACUACCUAAAAUACCUGAAAGCAGUCUACAUACACAGUAUGUUCCACAAACCACAUCCAAUGAUUUGCACCACAAAAUACAUUUAAAAAUCCAUAAGCAUAAUAUAAAAUCAGAGCGAACUACUAGGCAGUAUAAUAUAAAAUUUCAAACAGCACAGCAUAUGUGCAAUCAUUCAUUCAAUCUCACUCACCAUCAAUUUCACACAACCGCUACAACCAUUUGCUACACCAAACAUUACCUCUAUCAAUUACUCAUACUUUCAACCCACACACAAAAGGUCAUUGCCAAGCAUACACAAUAAGAUUACACUUCUAAUACAUGAAGCAGUAUUGGACUUGUGUCCCACUCUCACUGAACGAUCUAAUAGUUAUCUCCCGCCUCUCCCUGGAGUGAUCCCAGGCUCUCAUCCUGGAGGGUAUAGAACUAUUUCUGUCCAUGCACUGCCAGUUAUGGAAUCAUAACAUGCAUGGUACUGCAUAACCUCAAAACCUGAUACAGAAACAAUCAACUUGACUUGAAAUAGGCAUCUUUACGGGUCGAGGGGCAGUGGUGAAAGAUUGAAUAUUCUGAUGAACAAUAAAGGCAGGAAUGUAUGUAUAUUAGUUAAAAUAUAUUAACUUGUUUUAGGUUGUCGAUGUAUGAAUCCACUUGCCAUACUGCCCAAGAGGUUGCUGAAAAAAUUCAAGAACGCAAUCGAUGUCAGAGGAAUGGUGAAAGUACAACUAAGGUACUGCAUAAUUCAUGGACCACCUUCCAGCUUUGCUUUACCUUCUCUUACAUCUUUUAAGAUCAGCAGCCAGUGUCCUCUUGACUUAGCAAGCUGUGUGCACCUGAAAUCUAUUGAAAGGUAAUCUUGGUAGCUGCCUUAUAACACUGGAGCUUCUAUCCUUAAAAGACUCAUCAGAUUCUUUGAGGCUGAGUGCUCUAACAGACCAAGCUUGUAGAGAUUAGUAACUAGCUAUUUUAUUCUGUCCCCACUCCUCUGCAUUGACCUGGAUUUGUAAAUUAUAGUUACCUAUUUUAAGUCCUAGUGACAGAGUGAGAUAAAAAUUGGAAUAAAUAUUUUUGAAACAAUAAUAUUUUGUUUGGUUUUGUAAGGGUAGGAUACAGACUAUGAUAUCAGUUGGAAAGAGGGUGCUCUUGAUGUAAGAUAACCACCUCUGACUCAGAACAUGGACAUGGCACUUUGAAACUGUAUUGUUGUCAGGUAAAAUGAGUGAGCUGGACAUUUGCUGCAGUUCUUUUACCUCUUAGUCAAGUCAUUGCUUUCAGUUGUCCCCUGAGAGAAGGCAACAGCACCAGAACAAACCCAGUGUUGGGACAAAGCAGAGGUUCUCAUUUCCAUAGUAUUGUUAAUCCUGAAAUAGGGAAGCUAAGCCCUAGCUGUCAGGUAAAGGCCCAGCUCAGGUCAGAAAAUAUUCAAUAAGCUGGACUGAAAUGACUUGCUUCGUGUAAAAUUGAAAAUUCCUUUACACUUUCAGAUGAUAGGAGAAUCCAGAAGGUAUGAUGAGCCCUAAUAAUUUAGGGCUACUUCACAUGCAGCAUUUGUUUCACAAAGCUGUGUUCACUUAGUAGAUACCUGAAGUAUGAAAGAAAGAUGCACAUCUUGAAAUGUGUGUCUGUGACUAGAGCAGUGACCAAGUGCAGAUGUGUCAGGGCCACCUAUUGUUCCUUGCGCUCUCCCUGUACUGUAGGAACAGUGGUUCAUGUUACAAAAUACACUGCUCAGUAGACGAAUGGUUCCCUGAAGAAAACUUUCCAUGUUUGUACGUGAGUAGAAUUGGAGACACUUGCUCAGUGAGCAGGUAGGAAGCCAGCAUUUGAGUCCAGUGUAAACAGGCUUCCAACAAUUGCAAUAUUUAUUGCCAUAACAACUGAUGUUAUGGGCUGAUGUUGAAAAACAUUAAGCAGCUCAGUCAUGUUGUCUGUGGCCAGGGAAUGUUUUAAUGAAGAAAAAUGUUCUUUUCCCAUGUUUGCCAAGUAGGGGAAAUGUCAUCAGUGUCUUGUUUUUCUGGGAUUUUGCCACUUUCAUGCGCUUAGACGUUUUUUUAAAAAUGUAGUGAGAAAAUCAAGCAUUUCUAUUGUCAUUCCGAAUGAGAGACAAAAGAAAACUUAAUCUUAUUCCUAGUCCUUCCCCUCCUCAUCUCUUUGCUUUGUUGGUAGUUAACGCUUAGUGUGAAAGAUUGGAAACAGUCCUCAGUAAAAUGUAUACAUUUUUUAAAAAAAUGUGGAAAGCAAAUGUAAGUCCACACUGGAUGCAAAUCUCUCAAUAAUGUUUCCCUUAUGAAUUACAGUAACAUAAGAGCACAGUUGGGUGGUUGCACAAGUCCUAUAGUUAAAACUGGUCUUGUUUUGCAGAAAUGAGCUAGUGGAUUGUGACUUCAAACUGAAAAUUGUUUUCUUAACCUCUUCCAACCACUUUGCCCUGAUGUAGCAAGUCUGUAUUCCUAAGAAGUUAAGAUUUAUUUGGAAGUACUGUAAAUCCCAUUUUAAAAAAUCAGUGGGUAUUACGUCCAAGUAAACAUACUUAGUGUAGGGGCAUUAGUGAAAUUUGCCACCCACCCCUUUUUUGCUUUUAAAUCAAAUGUGUACAUGAGACAGGGCUAAUGUUUCCAUUGUUGUGCUACAAUAUAGUGGAUGGUCGUGGGAGCUGCUAGUUCUCAAGGAAUUGUCACCUGGGAAAGGUCCUGUGAGUGGAUGGUAUUGCUUCAUUACCUUGGAUUAAAGUGACAUGAAAUUCUGGGGAGUUCCUGGACUUUAACAGGGUUAGCUGUCAGCUUAUGUCACCUUAGCAAUACUUGCUGCUCUUUGACUUUCAGUAGAUUGCCUCAAAAGUGCGCUUGAGAUUCUGACCAGAUUGAAGUCCCUGAUGAAUGCUUAGCACCACAUUCCCCACAAAUUACCAGUCCCCUGUGGAUGGAUGUAGUGUAGCCCUCUUCUGGUCAUUCUCUGUUCCCAAGAUGGCUGGCAUUCUUUGCCAGGCUGUGCAGGGUCUACUGCGGCUCCUUGGCACUAUUGUAUUGUUACAAGGACUGACUGUUGCUCUUUGAUUAAACUGGAUAGGGUUUCUUGCUGGAUACUAAGGUUGGGGGGAAUGAUCUAACUUGAGUGCUCUUUUCCAAACCUGUUGUGUAUAGCUGGCUUCCUUUUUCAUGAAUGUCUUGCUUUUUGAAAGCUGUAGAAGGCAUUGGCUCACAAAAGCAGUAGUUUAACUGGAAAUCAGUGGGCCAAAAACAACUCAGAUACAUGAGUAAGUUUGUAAGUGCACCUUCUGGUUAACUGUCUGGAGUUCUAAUAGGAUUUUUAAAAAAACUAUCCUACAUAGGUAACUCUUCUCUACUUUGAUUGGGUAAUAAUGAGCUAUACUCUGUUUUUAUUUGCUUAUUUCUAUGUGUUUCUGGAUGGUCUCACCUGCUAAUUCAUUGCAGCACUGAUGAGCUGAUCUCACUUAUUUCCCUUUUGCUCUUGUCUCCUUUCAGCUCAAUGUUUCCAUCAGGUCACUGUUGCAAAACCUCAAAGAAAAGACUGAGCGUCUGAAGGACCUCUUGCUUCACUCUGUAUCAACACGUCAGAUGUAUCCAUGUAAACAGCUGUAUACCAGGAAGGCCAGUGAGACAAGAGUGGGUCAGCAUUCUGUUUUGGAAAAGGAACGAGACCAUUAAAUUAUAUAUGUGUGUUUAGAAAAUCCCCAACAACUUGGGAAAAACCCAGAUACAAAAGAAAUGUUUGCAGUCUUCAUUUUAUUUCCAGGGUUUGUUCUGUAUGUGCAAGCACUUCUUCAGGACACUCCUAACUACUGUAUUUUUCACCCCAUAGGACGCACCGGCCCAUAAGACACACCUAGUUUUUUGGGGGGGAAAUAAAGGGGGGGAAUUAUUUUCCCCUAGGUGCGGGGCUGGGGCGGGGGAAACCCGAGCUUCCCCUGACCCCAGCCCCCAGAACAGGCAGCUCUCCGCAAGCUGUGGGAGCCCAGCGCCGGGCUCCCACGGCUUGCGGAGAGCUGCGCAAAGCCUGGAGAGCGAGAGGGGUCGGUGCGCACCGACCCCUCUCGCUCUCCAGGCUUCAGCGAAAGCCGGCAUUCGCCCCAAAGGACGCACACUCAUUUCCCCUUCAUUUUUGGAGGGGAAAAAGUGCGUCCUAUAGGGCAAAAAAUACGGUAAAUGGGCUGCAGCAAAUGUUGUGUCAGAUCCAACUGGGGCCCUCUUUACACACACAACUGAAUGGGCUGUGUAAAGCUGUGCCCAUGUGGUUGUAUUACAAGUCGAUGCCCACUUAGGUAGUUGCAUGUGUGAGUCUGAAUUCUGCUAUAAGUAGUUGCACAGUUAUGACUUUUGCCUCCUUGCUGUUUGUUUUUAAAACGUUCCAUGUGUCUUAUAGACUUAUAAAAUGAGGUAAAUGUUGUAAAGUACUUUUUACACAUGGAAAAGUGUUAUAAAAAUGAUAGUAGUCUGUCCUCAGUUCUCUGCCUAGGACAAGAUAACCUCAUAUCCUUAUUUAGUCAUAAUAGAACUUAGAUAUUUUUUAACUCUGGCCUCUCCGGUAUAGAUCUAGUAUGGUUUUUCCUGUACUGAUAGGUACGCAUGUGGUUCUUCCUGACUGGAUAAAGAAGUCAUAACUUACUUGAUUUGUGAUUUAAUACCAAAAGUAUGAGGUCUAAAUGUUCAGUCAUUUGUUUCUGGCAAUCAACCUUAACCCAGUUCCUGCAGAACACAACUCGAAGGGGACAGGCGGCAGAACUUAGUGGAUGACCUCCUCACGCGACAUCGUCAUCUUCAGGCAUCUUUCAAAAAUGAGGGGACGGAACCGGAUGUGAUAAGGUACAGUUCUGCCACUUCUAAAUGAGAAAUGCAUGAGAGUAGCUCUGUCUUGAGCUAUGAAGCACCAGUGUACCUGUACCCCAGGAAUCAUCCUGAUGACUGGUCAUAUUGGCUGGGGCCUGUUGGGAGUCCAACAACAUCUGGAGGGCCACAGGUUCCCUGCCUCUGCUGUACCUUACUUUCACACAGACCCCUCCUGUUUUGUGUGUGAUCAGUUAUGCUCCCCUUCAGGAUAUUGUUUUUCAGGUAUUCUCUGAGUACCUUGACCAGGUACCCAGACUUGAUGGAGCAUCUGCACUCAGAAUCAAAUAAAAAAAUUGGAGCUGAAGGUUGCAUCAAAGCCAGUCAUGCUAAAAGGCUGAGUGUCUUAAGUGGUUCAGAGCCAAGGUCAAGCCAAAGCAGACUUUAACAGAGAUGGGCUCAGAAGCCACGCAAGACAAAACUUCACAUCACAAUGGCCACAGAAAGCAAGCGUGUAUUGGAAUUUAAGAGUCAGGGGGUUGGACUCGAUGGCCCUUGUGGUCUCUUCCAACUCUAUGAUUCUAUGAUAUGGUGUCAGGGAUGGAUGAGGGAGAUAGAUGAGAAAUAACAAGACAGUUGCACAUAGUUUGUCUAGGCAGGGUGGUUUUGCGUUCUUAGGGCACAGGCCAGGAAAACUGGCCAAUCAAAAGAAAGGCAGUUACAUGGUCCAGAGCUACAGGGGGAUUUAUGGAGUGGAAUUUCCCAGCAGUGCAUACCUUGUCCUUGCAGUGUUGUUCUGGACUGUCUGAGUAAGGGAACUGUAGAGAUCUAUGCCUUAAGAAAACCAGUCACACUAGAAAUUUGGAAGGAGUAGGGUGGUGGUACAAAGUAUUGGUCUUGCAAAUUGGUUCAAGAUGUACUUUUUACAUUACAUUGAUGCAUCUUUUAGUAAUAUUUAAUGAUUAUAUGCUAACGUUAAUGAUGAUAUUCUGAUUAAUUUCCCGCUUGUCCUAAGCUAAAGGAAAAAAGAAGCAACAUAAAUUUUCAAAACGAUUCUAGCUGCUGGUUGGAUUUUGAUGAUCUAUCCCAUUCUCUUUUUACCUCUUCUACACAGAAGCUUGAAAUAGUUAAAGCAUAUAUGUAUCACCCAAUACAUUUCAGGGGGAGAAAAUGUGUUUUGGAUUGCCUGUGUUGUUGAAAGAGGAAACUCUGGAAGAAUGUCUAAUCGAUUAAUUGUUUUUCUGGCCUUGUAAUCCCUUGGCAAGCAGUGCAAAUCCUUCCAGCUCUCCUGUGUGCUGGAUUUUGUAUUUAGCUAGUUUAACUCAGCAUGAGAAAUCAGUCGGGCAGUGCUUUCCAUGUUGAUGGAUUAUCUGAGUUGAAUCGUCGUUUAUUUCAUGCUCCAGCAACAGCAUAAAGUGAGCCUAUGCAACAUUGUCUUGGGAAUUUCAGUACUACUGAAUUGCCACCAGGAGGAGCAUGCAACUGUUGCUUCCUCUGUCCCUGAACCCACAAAUACAAAUUGCACCGUAAACAGGAUUCCUCUUACAUUUCAAGUUUUUUAUAAUUUCCUUUCCUAUCCUCACCUUUCUGAAACAAAAAUAAAUGAAAUAUCGGGGACGUUAGUGUGCCAAAAAAAGGUGGAUGGCGGUUAGAAACUGCUAGUGCUAGAAUUAUUGUUGGCUAUGGAAAUUUCUAUGGAUUUCUCUUGGCCAGCCAAGAAUCUCCAAAGCUGUAACUCUUAGCUUUGCACGUGUAUUUUAAAAGAAAAAGUAUUCCAACUUGUACCUGAUAGUUAGAUCUUUCCAAUCUGGCUGUAGUUGAUGUUGAGCUAUGGCUCCUCCCUUAGGGGUCUAUAAUUAUUGCUAUUUUUUCCCUUAGAAAAGCCCAACCAUUCUAUAUUACAAGCCAAAUUCUAUUUCAUCAUGCCCAUGCAUAUUUCUAUUUUCAUAUUUUCUUUUCAGAAUUUAGAAGUUGUGUGAUGUGGGUGUGGUUGGAUAUAGUGGGGUCAUGACAGUUUGGUCUGACUGUGAGUAGGCAUUUUGUUUCUCUCUUCCUGUUCCUAUAUGCAGGCAUCACUUUUCUUUUAUCUGAUCCAUCCUUAAAGUACACCCCACAUUUUCAGGAGCCUUUUUCGCACUUCUCCCUCCACCCCCACCCCCGUCCUAUACCGUAGUCAUCCCCUUCAUUAACCUUCUUGCAUCAGUGAUCACAUGUCUUAUUGUCCUCAUGGUGUGCAAUUGUGAAAGCAUUCUCAAAAUUAAUCUCCGUUUACGUUUGGUCACCAUUCAGUGAGUUUACAUCCUUUGAAAUCUGCUUUAAUGCGAGUGCUCUUGGUGUGGUACAGUGGCCUUAGUACUUCUAAUUCUUAUUUUAAGUGACAACCUGGGCCACGAUACAGAUCAAGGCAUUGCUUUAUGAGGCACCCAAGUAGCUUACCUUCCGGUAUUGUCAGACUUAAUUAGGACACAGCUCUCAGUAUCCGAAAGGGUUGUGCUAUUUGCAUAGCUGCUUCAAUGCAGUUAUUUCUCCCGACCCAAACCAUUUUAUUAAAUUGCCUUUAAAUUAACUAUGCAAUAUCCAAAUGUGAAGGAGACUUGUGUAUCUUAUAUAUAGAAUGUCAAUUGCAUGAACCAUCCUAGAGAUGUCAUUAUGGGCAAAGCUGAGGUCCAGAUAUUAAACUUAAUAUUUUCCUUGCGUCCAAGGAGACCGUGAUCCCUUUCCUGGACUCCUAAUCAGAGAAUCUAUUAAAUGGAUGAAGUUGUAAUGAAAUGGAGAUUGAUAUCCUGUAGCAGAGUAGAAGGCAAAAAGAGCAAACCCACCGACUUCCUGCAAAACUAAUAAUGCAGCUUUUGCUAAUGCAGAGAGUGAACCUGUAUGGCAGGGCAUUUAUAAUGCAGUUUGAGAAAAGUCCCCAUCUCUAGCUUUCAGUAGCUGCAGUUGUGGGAGGUGUCACUGGAAGUAUGGAGAGUGUAUUGCUACCCUGGUAAAAGGAAAUAAAAUGAAGAGGGUGAUGAAGUGAUGCAUGUCACCUGUAGGAAGCUCGCAUCUUCCUAAACUGAAAACCCUAACUAAUGCUAGCCACAGUCGUUAUUAAAACCAUCUGCAUGGGAGCUUCCUUCUUCUUACACAGCUAGCAUAGAACUGUAGAAGUCUCUUCCACCCUUGGACCCUUGCCAGACCCCAAGCUGAGCUUCUUUCAGCAGUGCUGAAAAGGCUUCCUUGUAGCUGGCUUUUUUCUGGCUACAGGUAGAGCGCUUAAUAUUUGUAUCAUGUAUCUUGAGUUACCUAUUGUGUGUGUGCUUGUACAUAUACUAAAGAGAUGUAAGCAAUUAAUGGUUCUCAACAAUCUGAUUGCUAAGGACACAGAUCUAGAUUCAAAAUUAUCUUGACAUGCUGGAGCAUGACCAAAACUGACAAGAGAGAUAAAUGUAAAGUCCUGCGUUUGGGUUUAAAAAUACAAGUAAAAAUCAAAUACACUAGUUACAGGAUGGGAGAGAUUUGGCUUGACAGCAAGACAUGUGGAAAGGUUCUGAGUGUCUCUGUGUGCAUUGUAAGCUGAGAGAGCCAACAGGGCAAUGCAGCCGCUAAAGAGGCAAAUGCAGUUAUGAGUUACGCUAAUCAAGAAAAGUAAUAGUGCCACUCUGUCCUGUGCUGGUCAGGCCACAUCUGGAGUACCACGUCCAGUUCUGGGUGCCACAUUUAAAAAAGGAAUUAGCAUGUCCAGAGGAGGGUGACUCUGAUAGUGAUGGGUCUGGAAACGUCCUGUGAGGAACAUUUGAAUAAUCAGGCUACGUUUAGCCCGGAGAAUAAAAGGGGAAGGCAUGGUUGCAGUCUUCAAAUAACUGAAGGGCUCUCUUGUAGAAGAUGGAGCAGACUUGUUCUCUUUUGCUCCAGAGGGCAGGACUAGAAGCAGUGGGUGGAAAUAGCAGGGAAACAGAUUUUGGCUGUUAGAAAUAGCUUCAUAACGGUACAUGUUGCUCAACAGUGGAACAGACGGUCUCAGGAGGAGGAGGGCUGUCUUUUGCUGCUGAUAUUUAAGCCGAAGCUGGGUAGCCCUCUGUUAGGGAUGCUGCAGUUACAUCCUGCAUGGCAGAUCCUGCAUUGAGCCCAGGGGUUGGACUACAUGGCCUCCAGCAUCCCUUCCAGUUCUAUAUCCUCCUAAUGCCACCUGUUGCACCAAGACAGCAAAUAAAAUGAAAGCAGCACCCAGUACUGGGGAAAAAAUGGGGAAAUUCACUAUAUUGCCAUGCAGACUGUUCCAAGGGCCUCGUAUCCAAUGUUUUUCGGAAACCCCAAAUCACAUUUUACAGCAAUUUAUGAAUCCAGAUUGAAGUACUCAAAACACUUCAAAUAUUAUUACUGUACUGCCAUAUUCACAAGGGGAAAUGUGAUUAAUCACAUAGACCAAUGUCACAUGACCUGGGUUUUUCUUUUAAAAUCACUCACGUUGAUUGUUCUAAGGCUUGAAAGCCUUCAUGUGUGGCCGUGGUCUAGGGAAAGGUCUGUUUGACUAAUUUGUGUUUCUUGGGAAAUUUUGUAAGAAUUAACCAGUGAAACAAUGCAGUUGGGAAGAUAAGCUGCUGUUUGUUAAGUAGAGGCACAACCCUUGAUUAUAACCCAACCAGCUUCCUUUAUAUUUGGGCACAUUGCUAAGCCUUUUAAUUAGUUAAAUCUGCUCCUAUAAUCAAAAGCUAUCUGCACACUCCACUGUGCUGUGACAAUUUCAAAGAUUUAAGUGAUUAACUUGGCAAAAGCAGUGGGUGGCUAAUUGGAUAAACUUUAAUCUUCACACUGCCAAAAUGAAACAGAAGAAGAUCAGAAGAAAGAGGAAGUUGGGCUGCCCUGGGUGGGAAGAGAGCUACCAAACAUGUCAGAAAGAUUAUUUUAAAAAUGCUAGCAGGUCACUUGCCGCAACCAAAACUAGAAACCAUGGUUGGGGGUAAAACUGUGCCACUACACGACACCCCCCCCCCCUCAUUGACAUUUUCAAAUGGCAAAAGGUUUUUCUCAUUUGAGCUAGUGGAGCCACAGCUGUGAAUUUUGGAGCAGAGGAUUUGGCUAGACCGUCUUCUCUUGGGAAGACUCUGAUGAGAGCUACACCUUUUUAUUUUGACAAUGUUUAAUGGGGACUUGGGCCCCUUACAGGAGUAAAAAUGUCCCCUAUGGGAGUUGGCUUUUUAAAAAACACAAAUGUCCCCAUUAUACUGUAUUACACAAUAUUCUUGUUGAAGCCAAUGGGGGUUGUUUUGCUAAAUAUAAAUAUAUUUUUCCUGCAUGUCACAUGACUGCCUUGUUUGCUUAUUAUUACUGUGAGCUCCUGAGGCACACAGUAAUAAUAUGGCUGGUGAAGACCAGGGGAGUGCUUUGGCAGUCAUUUUGUCCGUGCAAUCUCUUCAGCUUGCCAGCUAGAACGACCCCCCUCUCCUCCCUCUGGGUGCUGUUCUGGGGUUUCUCCCAACCCCCCCCCCGAGCCAUUUUUUCUUGUGGGUGUGUGUCCUCUGAGGAAUGCUCUGUUGUGCUAGCUGGAGCCCUUCAGCUGUCUUCUAGUGAAACUAGAAUAAUAGAAUCACAGAGUUGGAAGGGACCGCAAGAGUCAUCUAGUCCAACCCCCUGCAGUGCAAUUGAAUCCUGCCCUACUUCUUCUUUAGUAGUUUUAAUUCAACUACAAGUGAAGAUGGUUUUAAUUAAAGACAAAACAAGCAGGUAAAUGACCUUUAGGCUCCUUCUGUCCUAGUGAGUGCGGCUGACAUUUGUAACAGGUGACAAAUUGAACAGCCAACUUAACCAGAGUGGAUUUAAUAUAGCUGCUUCCUGGGUUGUUUAUUAGCUAGGGAUCAAUGCCUUUGGUCCCCCAAAUUUCAUUUUAUUUGGAUUUGUAAACGAAGAACUGUUCUCUUUGCUUAAAAAAAAAAAAAAAAAAGACCAAGAAGAUGCUGUGGCAUCUUAAGGCCUUGCCAAUUCGUAGUAGCAGGGCCUGUCCACUUCUUCAUAUACCAUCAGAUUUGAUCAGUGUAAAAAAUACAGCUAUCUGCUAGCUAAUUGAUGUGUCUGGUGGAUACCAAACAGGUGAGACGGCAGUUGACUAUAGAACAUGGAAAAAUUGCCUUAUACUAGGGUAAAUCAUAUGUUCAUCUAGCUCAGCAACCCCUGCCGUAGACAAAUACUUGUUUUUAUUUGGCCCGAGAGCCACAUUGUGGUAGACCACCCCACUGAGGGCCACAUGCUGGGGUGGAUGUGGCCAACACACACUUGCAUGCACAGCCAGCAGAGGAGGAGAGGUCCCUCCACACUGCAGCUCUGGUCUAAGAAGAGAGGUUCCUCUCCUCUUCCUUGGAUGGGGAGGAAAGCCCUUCAAACAUUGAAUGCCUCUUACUACCUUUGGAAAAGUGCUGCUUCUCCCUCUGGUGUGGCACCAUUGUUAGAAGGCCUUAGAAAAGCACAGCAAACAGUUUUGGAAGCAUUCGGUUUUGGAAAAGAGCUGUGGGCUACUAAAAAUAGCUUCACAGACUGGGCCGAGCCACAGGUUUGCCACUUCAGUAGACCUUGGAGGGCCAAUGUUGAUAUCAGUCUCUCCCAGCCCUAUUAGGAGGUGCUGGGGACUGAGUCUGGUAUUUUUUCCAUGCAAAGCAAAUGUGCCAGUGACCCAUCAGUCCUUCCGUAAACUCUAAGCACUAACAUGUAAUUCAUUUGGUAGACAGGUUUGGUGGACAGGGCACUCUUUCUAGGUAAAGUGAUCCCCCCCUUUUUUAGCAUGGCAUAUGCUUAUAGUCAGCGGUUAAAUGUAUCUAAGGCAUGGAGAACCUAUUGCUCACCCAACUCUCAUCAUCCUUGACCAUUGGCCAUGCUGCCUGGAGUUGAUGGGACUCCAACAGCACCUGGAGAAUCACAAAUACCCCAGUCUUGAUGUAUCUGAAGGGCUUGUGCAACUUGCAUUUUUAGCCAGCAGGUGUCUCUCUCAUACUGAAAAUCCACACAUUUUCUGUAAGCUGCAGAAAUGAAUUUGGUAGAGAUCCUGGUUUUCAUCCAUUACACCUCAUUCCUCUUCUGUUGCAUAGAUGCACUUCAACAAAAUAUGAGGGCCUGUCUCUGUCUUUCAUUUAUAUUAAUAUUGCUGUGCUGCAUAAAAUCCUACCUCCAGGUUAAGUGCAUGCCUGUGCACUAUUCUGCAUGCAAGUCCCUCUGAAUUCAGCGGGAGUUCUCCCAAGUAAGUGGGGAGUGGGGAAACCCUGGUCUGCUGGCCAGAUACCACUGCAACCACCCUGCAAUAUAUUUUAAACGGCUUCAGUCCAAUAUUCCCGAAGGAGCCGUUUAAAAUAUAUUGCAAGAAGAAGAGUGGGGGUAUGUUUCACAAUAUACACAUGUUGUGCUCUUUGCAAAUAUGCAAAAAAAAAGUCAUUCAUACAUUUUGUAUGUGUGCAAUUUUGGAGAUGCAGUUGCACUUUUUUAUAUUGAGGCUUCAGACAACUAUGGCAGGCUUGCUGGUUCCCCCCCCCUCCUUUGAAUAAAUUAUUUUAAAAUGUUGAAGCUUGCAUUUUUUAAAUAUAUAUAUAUUUUCAGGUCUAGCCUAAUGGCUGGAGGGGUCAGACAAGGUGUCGUAAACCCAUGGCUUGUGGAGGAGCCUGAGGAAACAAGAGGGCUUGGCUUUCAUGAAAUCCAGCAGCAGCAACAGAGAAUUAUAGAAGGUAAGUCAUCCUUCUUGGUUUUUAAAGCCUUAAUCCUAUCCUAGAGCCUCUACAUAGGCCUCAUGGUUGAUAGCCACUGGUGUUGAUUGCAUCCUUUUACUCCAGUGACCUAGGUCAGAAAAUCUUCCACCUUCACCUUCUUUUGUAUAGGAUAGAGGUAUUCAUUUCUGAUGUCCAGCUUGUUUUGUCCCUGACCAUCCAAAACAUUCGAGCACUUUGUUAAAUGUUUGUUUUGAAUCCAGGGGGCAUUUCUCUGCUUAAGUUCACACACUCGUCAUUUGAGAAACAAUUCUGUGGGUAACUAGGAGCUGGCUUGUCAAACCGGAAUUCCUUAAGAUGCCUCAGAUAAUUAGGCACCAAGCCUUAAGUGCCAGCGGAGUUUCAGUUCCUGAAUUUUCUAGGCUCCUUGGAAGAUAAUCAGUUUUCUGCAUCCCUUGGUUGCUGGUGGAAGGUCUUGGACGUACUUCACACUAAUCAGGCUAACGUAUGUCAGCGUGUAGAUAGGGAAACCUCAUUCUUAUCCAGGCUUGUUUGUGAGGGAUGAAAAUCCUUACUGGCCCACUUUAUCUUUCUUAGCCUGAAACAACCAGAGUCUGGCACCUUCAUCUGGGCUGUCUCAUCAUUAUGAGCUUAGAACUGGCUGGUGUGGCUUGUGUCCCACCAAGAAAAUGUGGCUUACUUGGGGCUCGGUAAGCCUUUGCUGUAGGUGUUGAACCUUAAAGCAGAGUUGUCAAGCAACUGGCAGGCAGCAGCAUAAGCCCAGCAGGCUGUAUUGCCAUAGUGAGCCACAGGUUGUGCAGAUCUAACCUGGUCUCUUGUUUAAGGAGAUCAAGUCCUUCCCCGUGCCCAGGCUUCCAUCUCCAUAUAGCCUAGGGAUGGGGUACUUCUGACCCACGGACCCAAUUAGGUCCUCUGGGCUUCCCUGUUUGGCCCUCAAGGCCAUUUUGGCCAAGAGCCAUCUGCCUUCCCUACACCCAGGUGUGGGGCAGGUAAAAUCCUGGCUUAGCCAAAAGUGGGUCUGUUGGCACUGCCAAUCAGCUUUUUAGCAGUGCCUACAAAGGGCUUGGAAGAUAGUGCUUUGAAAGGGGCUUCUGAAGACUGAUUGUCUUCAGGGGCCUGUUUCAAAUUGCUGCACGAAGACCCCUGAUAGCAAAAAAGGCCACCUGGUGUCAUUGCCAGCCAGACCAGUACCCCACACAGAAUAUAGCCCUUUCCUGCUCCUCUCAUUGUCAUCAUUUCUAUCUCCUAGGCUCUAUGCUUUUUCCUUGAACAGUGAUUUUAUGUGAAGUAGUUGUGAGGCCUCUUUUGCUGAUUAAGUUCUACGUCCUUCUCCCUGAUGGUAGCAGGAGUAUUUUUGGCCAUGGAAGCGCUCUCCCAUGCACCAGCAGUCAUACCGGUGUGGUGCUUGGCUAUGCCAUCUGUAUGGGAAACAGUGUCUUGAUGCCAGUAAGCCAGCUUUUCCACAACAACUUUCUGCUCCUGUAGUGCUUGUCUUAAAACCUCGUGGACACUUUGGGGGCAUUUCAAAGCAAUUGUAUAUGCUGUCAAGUAGGGAGUUAAAAAAAAAAAAAAAUAACGGCUUCUGCAGAAAGAUCUAUUGAGCCAUCAGUUAGCCAUUAAUCUUUUGCCCUCUUUGCUUAAACAGCCAUUGGCACACAACUCUCCCGCUCCGGCACCUGUAAAAGAACCCCUUCCCCCUUUGCAAAACGCUACCCACAGUAGUUGAUUGUGCUGUCUUUGGAGGACCUCCCCAAAAGCAACUCUCCAAGAGGGCUCCAGUACAAAAGAGAGCUGUGUACGACUGGAGUGUAAUUCAGUGCCAUUGGGACCAAGGGUGUGGUAAUGCCAUGUGCUCUGGAUUACAAUAGGGGGCAUUUUGUAAGACUAGAGGGAGACUUCUAUUGCGGCUGUGCUGGCUGCAGCUCCCCUUGCCAAGAGUUGGAUUAUCUCCCCCCAUAAACGCCACAUUUACACGCAGCUUGAGAAACCCUUUGGAUUCCUUGGUGCUUGCAUCACCUAUUUGUUUCUCAGUCAUGUUAAACCUUCCCUGGAAAAUCAAAAAGGCUUAAUCAGGAAACUAUACGAGUGUGCCAAAAUAAUAAAAAAAAGACAUCCAGUGCUCUUACGAUGGAGGAGCAGCUGCAAAUCCAGUUUCUGAAGGGUUUGGGACUCUUGGCUAAACUUUCUUUUCUAAGACACUACCCAGCACUGUCACUUUUACCCUAGUUUCUUAAGAUCUGUCUGUUUUGGAAUUCAUUGUCAUGCCAUUGGUGAGGUCUUUGGGUCAUUAAGUUUUUAACACUUCAGUUGCAGACUUUUCAUAAUAUUGCUCAGCUGUCGUGGGUCAUAAAUCUGGGGUUUAGCAUCAGAACGCUGGAAUUUAAUUUGAUUCAUUUUUUCUUUUUGUUUUUUGUUUCUCCCCUGUGCAGAGCAAGAUGCUGGUCUUGAUGCUCUCUCUUCUGUCUUAUCCCGUCAAAAACAGAUGGGGCAGGAAAUUGGGAAUGAGUUAGAGGAACAGAACGGUAAGGACCGUCCUGCUUUCAGAGUUUGAUGGGUUCAAGAGAGCACACAGUCAUUAUUUUCGGUGUUGUACCUUCUCAUAGUUCUGUUCUACUGAAAACCUUCGGCGCGUCGUCUUUGCUGCAUCAUUAUUAACCACUCCCAAUGAUAGUUCCCCCCCCCCCCCGAACAGUAAUAGAAGAGCCACAAUUAAUCAUCUCCAUUUCUAAGUGUGAUGGUAUAAAAGUGAAUUGACAACAGAGUUUGCUUCCCUCUCCUAGCAUUGGGUUCAGGCAGAGCAAUGGGAAAGGGGGAGUGCGGCAUUUUUAGGUCAUCAAAGUACAGAUUUCAGAGAAGUUUUAAAAAGUGAAGAAUUGUUUCAAAACUGUUACUCAAUCUGCCCAUGUCCGCCUGGAUCAUUAUCUCAUGUAGGGUGUGGUAUGGCCUAGAUGCCACUGUGUCAUAAAUUAUUUACUAUGCCUCCCCUUCUCUCCCAUCAGUUGCAAAAUUAACCAGAGUACAUUGGUGUACAUUGGACAUAGAAUUGGGCAUCAGGGUACUUUUAUUUUGGUCCCUGUGCCUUUGUUGGGGGUUUGCCUCUUAGAUCUAGAAAAUGAGCUGUAAAAGGAGGACAGAUUAUUUACAGCUGUGUCCCAGGAACAGUAGUCCCUUCGCUCAAGAGGCUACAGUUUCUGUUUGUAGGUAGGUGUAAGGGAGGGCCUUUCAAACUGUGUGUCGGGAUACAUUAGUGUGUCGACUGCAGUGUGUAGGUGUGUCGCACGAACACUCCUCAUGUUCUCCCAGGGCUGGAAAGGGCUUAGUUUAACCUCCGAUUUGCUAGUAAAACUGAAUUAUUGUGUUGUGAAAUGAUGCAAAACUGAAUUACUGUGCCGCGAAAUGGUGCAUGUCUAAAAAGUGUGUCACCAACAUGUAGCUCUGGUGCAGGGUGUUUGUGUGUCAAUUCAUACUUGCGCUUCUCAAGGGAGCCUUCCAUGAGAGGAGAGAGAGACCUAAGCAAGUUAGGUACGGUUAGCUGUUUGAUUAUUCCUGUCUGAGCCAGUAGGUGGCAGCACAGGACAGAAAAAUGCCUAGUGCAUGAUCGGUUCUUGACCUUGAGGAGCGCAUGAUUGGUAGUUUUUCGUUUUUUCCUGGAGCUGUGCAAUUCACCUUUUCCAGUUUAGCAUUAUUUUUACCUAUAGUUUGCCCUUUGGUCUGGGAGUAUGCUUACAUAUUCUUUUUUAGUUUAAAUGAUCACAUCUAGGGCUGACGAUUAGAGCAGCCUUGCCAUUAUAAGCCCUGAAAAGUUGCUAGCCUGACUUUUUUUAAAAAAACGAAAGAAAAGUAGCCUCUUAGCUGCCAUGGCCUCAGCCUCGAGCUCAGAGUUGGGAGGAUGAACUGGUUGAGUCUACGGCUUUUGCACCACCCACGGGCUGAAAAAAUGAACAAUACUGAACUUGAGGCUAGCAGUCAGAAAUGUGUGGACCCUGAGCCAGGACCUUCCCAGGCACCUCCCCCCCCCCCCAGCGUGAUUUGCCAGAGAAGUCUAAGUCCUCCUGUUUCACAUAGUCCAGGAGGCAGGUCUGGCAGGAGGCCACAGAAAGGAGCGCAAGCACUCUCCUUCAGGACAGGGUGUUGGCAUUUUAAAAGGUUUGGCCUCUUUCACCUUAGCGCUGCUUUCUUUGCAUGGAUCACAACAUUUGCAGGCUAGGUAUUAUUAUGAUUAUAAAGUCUCCUAACAAAUGAAACAGGGGCAGUUGUCUCUGCCCCUUGUCUGCCAGCCUACAUGGUUUUCAUGGCUUUAUCCUCUACCAGUCCAGCAUGGAAGCUCACUUGGUUUCACUGCCAGCUGCAGAGGAAGUGAUUUGCUUUCCUCCAGCAGGGGAUAUGCAGGAAGCUCCUUCCUCAGUGCCUAGGAAGGAGAGCAGCAGGUUCGUGAGUGAGGGAUAAGAGUGAUCAGUCUUUCCUCCACUGAACGGCUGUAUUUUCAUUCUUGCUACAGAGGUAGACACUUCACUUUCUCCGCCACCAGUCUGCUCACUCACCUGAUCGGAAUGCCUUGUUUUUCCUUGUGGUGUCCCAGGCAAGUAGUUAUAUACAAACACCCAGCUGUAUUUUACAUCCUGAAGUUUCAGUGGGAUCAGUUGGAUCCUGCAUUAAUGUAGCUUGUAGAAGUCUGGUGAUGCACACCCUUUUCUUUUUCCUGGACUAGUAUGAGAGACAGAUUUGAAGUUAAACCAUACUGUAGCACUCACUCAGUUGUUGAGAUGACCCCAUGGGAGCAAAUCUAUAGAUUUUUGAGCUUUUCUUUUUUCUUACAGUAUGGUAGAACUUUGAAAUGUUUCCAGCUGUGUGAUCUCUGCAAAGAUUUGAUCCAUCUGGUCUGCUUCUAGAGCGGGUUGCAUGAACAUUAAGUGACUGGAAGGCAGCAACUCUGAUACUUCCCCAUUUGCUGAGCACUUUCUUCAUUGAGAAGGUGUCACUGCCAACAACAACAACAACAACAACAACAACAACAACAACAACAAAUUUAUACCUCACUCAUCUGGCUGGGUUUCCCCAGCCACUCUGGGUGGCUCCCAACAGAAUAUUAAAAACAUGAUAAAACAUCAAACAUUAAUACUAGUAGACUAAGGGUCAGGUGCACAUAUUGUAUCCUCAUGCCCUGUUUUUCACCCUUUCUGCUCCUAAUCUGAUCCUGUUUCCCCCCCCCCCCCAGGGUUUCUGAGGUGCAUAUUCAGUCCUGGCAAGCAUUGCACAAAAGUUAACAGACUUGCCUGCUCACAUGUCCCUGGGUUUAUUAAUUUGUUACGUACUGCGGGAAUGAUUGGAGAUCAGCCUUGAAAAUUAAAAUUCACAAAAGUUGUCCUAGCCUACAACAACUUUACUUGCCUGCCAGAUUUGAAAUGGGAAACUUUUUUUAAAAAGAAAAGCAUUUCUCUAAUCUCAGUCCUCGGAGAAAACAGAUUAAAACCCCAGCUGUUCUGAGAUUACUAAACUGAAGGCCUUAGGAGGGAAGAGAUGUGGAGACUUUAAAAAAAAAAUAUCUGUCUUGACAUAACUUUAAAAGAGCACCAUAGAACAGCAUUUGCAAAAAGAGCUGGGGGGAGUGUUCCAUUGCUGGUUUCCCAUCACAGAUUUAAACUGACAAAAGAACAAACAAUAAAAUCAAGGUAAAAUGAUUAUGAUCUGCCCACACUGAUACCAAUUCUCACCAAAACUUCACAGUACAUAGCACGUGAAUACCUUCUGCUGCUCAUGUGUAUGUUUGUUUAGUCAGAGUUGGAGUUGCUGAACUUCAGUUUGGGUCUAUUCCAUGACUAGUGCUGAGAACUCCCAUUCCUAGGCAAUAUAAUCAGAACUUUGCACAUGGGGUCUCUGAUUAGCCUCGUGUGUGAUGUGGAGCACAUAUUUUUCCAGAAGUGUUCCGCCCUUGAUUAAUAUCAACUCAGUAUCUGCACAAAUUAUCGUUCAGUGAUCUGUCUUGGACAGAAGACACAGUUCCCUCAUCUGUGUAUUUUUGGUUUGUAUUGAGGCCAUUUUCAUAAUAUGUAAUCUCAGACAAGUGUACAAGCAACUGUGAGUGUUUGGAGCCAGAUGAAUUUGUAAUGGUCUGCAGGAAAGCAGCAUUGCUGAGCCUAUGAAACUAGCUCCUGUAGAUCUCGUUGCUCCCCAAGAGCAUGGUAAAUGACUGUAAUGCAAACUGCAAUGAAUCGAACUACCCAUCAUAUUUCCCUAUCACCACCGGAGUUGGGAGAGCCAGGUUCAAACCCCCGCAAAGCUCACUAUGUGCCUUGUUCUGGUCACACACUGUCCCCCAAGCAACUGAUCAGGGUUGCUGUGAUGGUACAAACAAUAGUGUUUACUGCUCCGAGAAGGGUGAAAUAGAAAUGAAAUUAAAAUUAAUUAAUAGUAAAUUAAUGUUGUGGGCAAUAACAGCAUAGGAAGCAGGUGCUUUUUGAUUUUUGUUUCUUUGAAGAACAAGAUUGAGCUUUAAGUACAUUCUUGAUUCUGUGAAUGUUCUAGUUCCUGUGGUAUAUUUAAUGUUUUUCUCCUUCGGGAAUGGCUGAAGUACGGUUCUGUUGCCCACGCAUCCUUUUUUUACAGCUUUGUGACAUGACCUGCAUUCUAAGCCAUCAGUUGUGCCCCUGUGACAUCUUGCUAUGCCCUUAGUUAUAGGAAAUUUCAUUGCCAUGAUGACACAAUUCUGAAGUAAGCCGUAUCGUUCUUGGUGGGAGAGAGGAAUAUCAAGCCUUUCUUCGUCCAUCUUGAAGAUAUGCAGCUAAGCAAAAGAAAUAAGAAGUUUUAAAUACAAAGAGAAAAAUGAGCAUUAAAAAAUAUUUCUCAUUUGAUUUUACUUUAAUAGCAGGUCUGUCAUAUCUAAGCUCUAGUCUCAUGAAAGGCUGACAUUUAAGUGUUAAAUAAUUUAAAUGGGAAAUAUGAAAUGUUUGCAAGUGUCUUCUGGUUUUUAUUUUUAAUGUAGCUUAUCUGUCAAUCUGUUGAAGCUGGAAUAGGUGUGCUAACUCUAAAUUAAUUCCAAACAUAAAUCCACUGAAUAAAAAUGUCCCACAUCCAUUUCUCUUGCAUUAUAUCACUGCUACCAUUGCAUCCCUUUAUCAUGUGCAGAGAAAAACCAAAAUGAAUGGGAAGCAAAUGAUUAAUUUUGAAGAGGAAGAUACGUUGCCAGCUGAAUUUUUUACCUCUACCUUUUUUCAGAGCACCUUAUAAAUUUAAAUCCACAAAAAAUGUAAAUUCUGAAUUCCUGUUCACCUUGUCCCAGUUGAAGAAAGCAAAUCCAUCAGCACCGUAUCACCAGAAUUGACCCUUCAAAUGCCCCCCCAGUAUUUUGUAAUGAUGGGUAACCUAUUUUUUGCCCCAGUACUGGACUUUGCAUGCCAAAGUCGAUUGCAUCCUUGUGAUCUCAUUGAAGAGGCUUUUGCCUGUUCCUAGUUUACUUAAUGCUUUUCCAAGAGGAUGUGUAACCUAACCCAAGCAUGAACAAACGUACCAGAGACAGGCAAUGGAGCCUACAUCCUUGGGCUGACUUUUGCCAUGAGGUGUUACAGGAACAAUCUGGGCACUGAGAAUCCAGCAACCACAAAGUAAUGAGUCACUUAGUCACAUCCUGUCAUUUACAGUAACUCAGGGUGAUAAAGAUAUUUGUGUGUAAUAUCUAAGGAACAUAACCUCAAGUGGGACACCCUAAAAGAGUACUGUUCUAUUUUGUAAUAGGAAAUACCUUGGACAAUACAUAUUCUAGUGGUGGGGAAGAGUCAUUGGUUGCUGGCAUCAAUCUUGCAUCUCAAGGAGUUUAUAAAGCUGAUAAUUCUAAAUACCUCAAACAUUUUGUUUCCUUACACGUCUAGGAAAUGACUAAUUUUAUAUGGGUUUGGUAUAUAGAUGUGGUUAUUUCUUUUGUGAAUCUUUUUUUGCCUAUUUUAAUGUUAAAAUAGGCAAAAAAGGAUUCACAAAAGAAAUAACCACAUCUAUAUACCAAACCCAUCUAGCUGUUUGGAUUUUUAAUUCUCCAUGAACUAUACUGCCUUCCUUGAUAUAGUAUACUUGGACUUUCAAACAGCUGUCAUUGAAGCGGCUCACCAAAGACUUCUCAAUAAGCAUUAGCCAUCAAGGAAUAAACGGAGAGGUCCUCUUGUGGCUCAGGAAUUGGUUAAGUUGCAGAAAGCAAAGAGUAAGAAUAAAUGGACAGUUCUCCAAGUGGAGAAGCCUAGAAAAUUGAGUCCUCCAAUGAUCAGUAUUAGGGCCUGUGCUUUUUAACUUGUUGAUAAAUGAUCUAGAGCUAGGAGUGGGCAGUGAGGUAGCCAAGUUUGCUGAUGAUAUUAAAUUGUUUGAGUUUGUAAAAUGGCAAAUGCAGUUCAGUGUAAACAAGUGCAAAGUGAUGCAUAUUGAGGCAAAGCAUCUUAUUUUCACAUAUACGUUCAUGGGGUCUGAACUAUCAGGAAAGAGACCUUGGGUAGCUUCACUAGACAGCUCAAUGAAGAUGUCGACCCAGUGUACAGUGGUCGUGAAAAAGGCAGAUUCCAUGCUAGGGAUCAUUAGGAAGUGACUUGAAAAUAAAACUGCUGUUCAUAAUAUCAUAAUGCUGUUAUUUAAAUCUGUGUCGCGACCACAUUUGGAAUACAUUUGGAGUACAGUUCUCAAGAAGGAUGUUCUAGAGUUGGAAAGGGUUCAGAAAAGGGCAACUAAAAUGAUCAAGGGGGUGGAGCAACUUCCCUAUGAAAAAAAGUUGCAGAGUUUUAUUCUAGAGUUUGGGAGACGUAAAAAUAUCCUAUGGUACUUUUUAAAGAACUCUAAUAAUGUUUUAAUUGGGCCCAAGUAAAUUUUAAAGCUGAAGUUUAAAAACAAGCUGGUUUUAUUCAUCAUUACUGUAUGGCUUCUUCCUACUAAAAACAUAUUCAAUAAGGGAAAAAUAAUUAUUCGUCAGCUGUAUCUUGUAAAACACUUUAUAUAGCAACUACAAUUAUUGACAUUAGCAAGAGAUUUGUUUUUGGAAAUAGAAAAGCUUUUGAAUGGUUCCUGUUAAUAAUAAUUACAGGGGGAAAGGAAAGUUAGUUACUUUAAAAAAAAGGUUCCUUGCAACAAAGUCUUAAUCCUCACGUUCUUCUCUGAUGGUUUGUAGAAAGUCUUUUGCUUGUACCAAAAGCUUCAGUUGACGCUACCAACCAUUUAAUUGUAGAGUUACAAAUGGAGAGUUCAGAUUGCUUUUUAAUCCAGAAGUAAAAAAAACUAGGAGCUGAAUAUGCUGUGAAUAAUCUUUUAUCUCUAUUCAGGCAAUGAUGUUAAAAACUAGUCCUCCAGGGAAUAUAUUAUUUAUGUAAAAUGGGAUAUUUUGUUUUAAAGUUAAUUUUUUAAAAAAUCUUUAACCUUUCCUGUGAUAUUGCAGCAAUUUUCUCCAUUGAGCUAAUCAAUUACAGUGGUACCUUGGUUCUCAAACUCCUUGGUACUCAAACAACUUGGAACCAGAACGCUGCAAACCGGAAGUAAGUGUUCUGGUUUGCAAACUUUUUUCAGAAGCUGAACGUACUCCAUUUUGAGUGUUACACUUCUGAUUUGAGUGCCACACUUCCAAUUUGAGUGUUAUGCUGAGGUCUGUCUGUUUUUGCUAUUUAUUUUGCAUUUUUGUUUUUGUAGCGUUUUUGUUUUGUUUUUGUGACUGCGCGGAACCCAGUUCAGCUAUUGAUUGAUUGAUUGAUUGAUUGUGUGAUUGCAGUACAUUGUUUAUUGCUUUCAUUUCAUGGAUCAAUGGUCUCAUUAGAUAGUAAAAUUCAUGUUAAAUUGCUGUGUUAGGAAUUGUUUUUAAAAGUCUGGAAUGGAUUAAUCCAUUUUGCAUUACUUUCUAUGGGAAAGCGCACCUUGGUUUUGGAACAGACUUCUAGAACGGGUUAAGUUUGAGAACCAAGGUGCCACUGUAUAUGCAUUUCUAGUAAGUUCAUUUAUGUGUCAAAAUCAAGAUUUUAUAUGACAGCUAACGUACCAUAGUGAAUAGAGUGAGCUAGAAAGGCCUCUGGUCAAAUGUUACCUCAACCACAACUUUUCUAGAUGGCCUUGGAUGAGCCACUGUCUCUCACCCUCAGCUCCCUAUAUCUGUAAUAUGAGGAGAAUGAAAAUUACGUUCCUUACAGGAUUGGUUUAAGGUUUGUGGAGAUUGGCGGUGCAGAAGGCUUCUGGUAAAACCCUGUGUGAGAUACUGGAGAGCUGCUUUCAGUCAUUGUCGACAAAGCUGAACUAGCACAGCUUCCUAUUGUGUUCCUAUUGUGCACCCGCAGUGGUAGGAGGGGAAGUGGGUUUCAUAAGUGCAAAGUGUUAUGUAUUAUAUUCUCAGAAGGACUGAUUAUCACCUGUCCUACUUUUCCUUCAACUUGCGCACAGACAGUUUAUAAAUAGUGCAUUAGAGCUGUAUGCCACUAGUGAUGGUGUCAUUUACAUAUAGCUUCCAUCUGGUUCCAGUUGCUUAUCUUGCUCAUUCUUCACCACUUAAGUCUUAAAGGUUACAAUGAUUUUAACCGCUCGUACAGCCAGACUUUGGCAUCUCCCAAAUGGGGAGAAGGAAGGGAUGGGCAGUUGAGAGGACAGGCAUUUCGCCCUUUUGCUUUCACAGCUCAUGAUGGCUUAUUCCUUAAUGAGCUUUUGUGCUCAGUUGUUAGAAACUUAUACUGCUCCCUGCCAAUGUAUUACCUUAAUUUUAUUCAGACCCCAUAUCAUUGGUCUCCUCCUCUUUAAGUGGAAACAGUGCAUGUGAGAUGCGGGUGGGCCCUGGUCUUCCAGUGCUUCCUCUUCCAUCACCCUCUCUGCUUCACUUUGGGGAGGAGAUCCUAAGUAAACCAAGGAAAUCCUGGUUUUGAAUUCCCACUAUGAUCCUGGGAAGAAAUAUUAUCCAAAAUGACCCACUGAUAUUUCUUUGUGGAAGAGGAUUAGCCACACACAGAUAUUUAUUCUGCAGCUUAGCCACUUAGCAUGCUGCCAAGGGGACUGAACCCACCCUAAGGUCAAAUGCUGGGUUUAAUGUACUUUGCAUGGGCAGAAUCUGUGUUGGGGGCAUUCAGUGUGCAUCUGAUUAGCAGAUCUGUGCCAGUACAAACAUGCUUGGUUUUACGUGAAGAGUGAAUGGUAAUAAACACUCUUAAAUUCUAGCUGUUCACACCUCAAUAAUGAGGUAGCAAUUCCCAUAACCACUGAGAUCGUGCUCUAUUUCUAGCCCUCUGAGAGUACAUACUGAUAAAGCUUGAGUAGCUGUUUAUCUUGCGGCGUGUGUUCUUUUUUCUAUUCACAAUGGUGCCGGGGCUUGAAGGGUAUAAGCUACUUAUACCCAACAGAAGACACACAUUCAUUCCAGAAGAGAUGCUCUCUCUGCCUUGUAACAGUGUGGAUGAGCUCACAGGAAAACUGGAAAACCCAAGCAGUGACCUUUGAGCUAUUUGCUUUGCAGAGGUAUGCUCAGUGAGAAAGAGCCCUGGAAUAGAAAAGUUUUUCCUAUUUAUCCAAGGAUUUAACGAGUUAUGGAAAGGGACUAUACCUUAUGAUGAUUUGCCUUUCUAAAUGCUGGAUCUCAUUAAAGAUAGGGACCCCUUAAAUAUAAUUUAAACCAUUCCUACAGGGGUAGGAAGCUUGUGGUCAUCAAGAGAUUUUUGGACUACAGCUCCCAUCACCCCUGACAGUCAGCCAUGCAAGUUGGGCCUCAUGGGACUUGGCAUCCCGACGACGUCGGAAAGAGUCUUCAUCUUUGCCUUGUCCUAAAUUAAAACUUGAAGGCAAAAGAAGGUCUCCCUCCAGUUUUUCAGGGAUCUGCAAUGCUUUAUAAAUUCAAGAGGUAUUUAAAUAUUCUCAUUGGAAGCAGAAAUGGUUGUUUUGAGAGUGAACAGCCGUUUCAUGCAAUCUUAAUUUGUCAGUCACCACCCUUCCUCCCCACACAAUCCUUCAUCUUUUCCCUCAAUUAGCAGAGGUUAUUUGAAAUAAAAUGCUUUGAGGAGGAGAGUGGCAAAUAUUUUCUUUCCAGAGCCUUUCUUAUUUUUCUUGCUUUUAAACACCACAUACAAUACUUAUCUUCUGUUUUAUAAGCACUUUUUGGAAUAGAGGAUGCCAUACUGGCCAGAGCUGUUGGUUUGUCCAAUCUAUUAUUCUGUCAUUUUCAGCAUGCAAAAUCCUCCCUUCCAAUCCUUCCAUUUCCUCAAAAAAACACCCCCUGCAUUCAACUAUACAGUUCAUUAGGGAUGAGUGAGGAGGAGAAUGUGUCCUUUAACUUGAAUAUUUGAAAACUCAACCUUGCAGUGAAAUCCUAUUAUUCAUGGUACAUUGUUACCAACUUACUUUCUUCCUAGUAGAUCAGUUCUUAUCACUGGUAUUUUUGAAGAAAAUAGUCGAUAGUUCUUGUCUAACUGCAGAUGGCGGUGGAAUGUAUAUAUUAUAUAUGUGCACUUUGAUCAGUUUGGCUGCAGGGAUCCCAUUGCAGCAGAUAUUUGUGGUCUGCAUUCACUGUUGAUCUGCUCCUUGGUGCAAUUCAAGGAGUGAGUUCAAUUUGCAAAGCAGAAUAUGGUUUUGUGACCUUUAGAUAGUUCUUUAUGCCAUUGUGUCUGGUUGGGUGUCUGCAUUACUCAUUUGUUUCAGAUCUAAUAUUUUCUAACUUCUCUUUUGUAUAUGUCUAAUUGUAGCAUAUAGGACAUUGUGCUGGGUUUUAAAUUUUAUGCUGGGGAUUGCCUAGAAUUUAAGAGGUAGGGGUUGACUGAGAGUUGCAUCUUGUUCUUGGGAAUGUCACUUUGGACAAUUGUAAUCUAAUAUUCAUGAGCACGUGUGAGCCUGUAGUUAGCUUGGCCUUUGUGUUCCCAGAUCAGGAAUGCACAAUCUACCACCCUCUCAGCUUUUCUUAUAUACAGACAUACAUACAUACAACAAAAAACAAUUCAAGAUCCAAAUAUCGAGAUUACUCUGAAUCGCUUGACUUCCCCCCAUCCCUCCCAUGGGUCCUAAUAAUAUUUACAACUGCAUAUCAGUACUUGUCCAAAUUUUUAUCCUUCCAAAUUGUCCAUACUUUCCAUUACUUUACAAGUGGUGCUAAAAUCCUGCCAAAGUUUUAACCUGUUUACAAUGGUCUUGUAAAUAAAUUAUAAAUGUUUUCCCAUUCUUUUUAAAAGUUCUUAUCUUCUUGGUUUCUAAACUUCCCAGUUAAUUUCGCCACUUCGGCAUAGUACAUCAACUUGGUUUGCCAUUCUUCUCUGGUAGUGGUUGUCUCUUCCUUCCAUCCCUGGGCUAAUAGCAUCCAUGCGGCUGUUGUCGCAUACAUAAACAGUCUUUUCUGGUCCUUUGGUAUCUUGGUACCUAUAAUUCCUAAUAAAAAAAGCUUCUGGUUUUUUAACAAAAGAUAUUUUAAACAUUUUUUUCAUUUCAUUAUAUCUCAUCUCCCAGAAACUUUUAGUUACUUUACACAUCCACCACAUAUGAUAAAAGGUACCUUCUUUUUCUUUACAUUUCCAACAAGUAUUUGGACUUGUUCUGUACAUUUUUGCUAACUUAACCGGGGUCAAAUACCACUGGUUUUCAAUAUACAUUUUCAAUAUACUUUUUUUUGGUACUGUACUGGUUUUCAAUAUACAUUUUUUUGGUACUGUACUGGUACCUCCUGAAAGGUGUAUGUUCUGAAUCAUGGUUAAGGCAUUCUGAGAUAGGUACCAGCUCUCAGGGAUGGGCACUAUGAUCUUUUCACAUGGAAGACUGAACUAUGGAUGAAAAUGGCCCCCAAGGUAAAUUCCUUCCCUAGUAUUCUCCAUAUGUACAGGAAAGGGAGUCUCUUUGUGCCUAGUGAGGAAGUGAGGCCAACAAAUUGCAAAGCUCUGCAUUUUUCACUUACUCCCAGUGGAUGCUGCACAAGAUGAUUAAUAUUUUAACAUCUUUGUGUUCUCUGUUUUACUUUUAACACUGGAGCACUUUAAAUCACUUGGGAAGAAGAAGGUCUGUCUAUUCUCCAGUUACAUAAACAAUUGGGGGUACUAGGAUGAAAAAGGAAAAUAAUUUGGGUGGAGUUAGGAGAGAAGGUAGGAUGAAGAAAACUGUUUUACAUGUAACGUCAAAAACUUAAAUUUUCCAGUGCCUGGUGUGAGUGUGGAGUUAGAUUCCUAUGUUCUGCUGGAAUUGAGUUCUACAGAACCUCUGAAAGUGUCUUGUAAACAAUGUGUUGGAAAGUAGAGAGAAUAUUCCAGGUCUUCAAACAAAUGCCUGUCCUGUUUUUCCACCCAUCCCCAUGUGGAUAGGCCUCAUUUAUUAGAGGAUGAAAAAUGAGUCAAUGACCUUGUCCACUGCCCUUCCCACAUUUUAUGUAUUUGAGUCCUGUUUACUAGAGAUGUAAAAUUUAUGGAACUGCUAGCAGCAUUGAUAAACCUCCCCCCCCCCCCUUGUGGGUAGGAUGGGGGUAAUGAUGAACAUUUUGUGAAACACUGAAAUAUUAGUGGUAUGUGCUUGAGAGUUCAUACUGCAUUUGAUAAUAGCCAUUGGGGUCAAAGGUACUUUAAGAAUAGAGAUGCCCUUAAAAUACAACAAACUAAUGUUUGAAAUAAGGAAUUGCAAAGUUAUAUUGAAUUGAAUUUCCAAAAUAUAGUAACUGCCACCAGAUGUUAAUAAAAUAAUACUGACAGUGAACCAGCCAUUUACAUCAGUGUAACCAUUUCUAUUGUAGCUUUGAAAAAAUGGUUCCCCCCCCCUCCCAUAUUCUAAAACCGGUAUUUGAAGACUCCAUGGUUUGUCAUCUUAACCCAACACACUGUUAUUUCUACAAAUUGAUCCUCUGUACCAAUUGGUCAGGAUCCUUAGGGUUGGGGUUUUUGUUUUUUUACACUUAACUGCCAAUCCCAAUUUGCUUUUAAAAGUCUGCCAGCCUUCAAAAGGGGCUUGCCAUGUGUAUCGGAGGACCGCUGCUGAGAUUACAAGCCCCGGUCCCGAAGUGGUUGAUGAAUCUCUCUGGAAUGUGGUCCUUGAACUAGCUUCAAGCCUUUCACAUCUUGGUUUGAUGCUUAACUUUUGAGCAUUUCCAAAUGUACCUGAUAGGCCGUAAUCAGAGAGGAUUUCCCCCCCCCCCCUUUUAAAUUGCUCUUAAUAAAAUUAGAACAGGUAAAAAAUAUUUAAAAUCAAAAUAGUGGUUGGAUAUUAAAUUUUAAAUACUCCCUUGUUUAUUUAUUUGUUUUUGGAGGUAAGAUUUGAAAGAUAGGCUUAACUGUGGGGUACAGACCCGUUUGAAUGGAACUAAAAAAUACCUGACAGGCAUGCCACAUUAGUCCUCUUGCCAUUGUCAGUGUUUCUCUGUCUUAAAGUGGAUAUAUGUUGACAGCUAGUGCAAUUGCCAUUUCACACAGCUUCCUGGUAAAAGACCUGUUGCCUGGCUUAACUUGCUUCAUCCCAAAGGGUUUUUUUUUAAAAAAAAAAAUCUUUGAAAUUACCCAAAUGAAUGAUUCACAUAAGUAUAUGUAAUUAUCUAUGGAAGAAUGAAUCAUCUUGCAGCUGCUUCCAAUUAAUGUCUGUCAUUUAUGAAAUAGUUCAGAUACUAUUUGGGAGAAAUUGACACUCUGUAACUAUACUGUUUGGGUCCCCCUCUGCAUGUUUGUACUGCUCUCCUGGCCUGCCAUCAUCCAAAGAUUUGGGUAUUUGCGCUACCCUUAUGCGGAUGACACCCAAUCCAUCUCUCCAUUCUAUUUGAAUCAGUAGUAGCAGCUGUGCAGUGCUGGACCAGUGUCUGGAGGAAGUGAUGGGCUGAAUGAGGAUCAGUAAACUAAGGAGCUGGGAUGGACAGGCAAUCCCUGUGUCUGGAAAUUAGGAGGACAACCUGUUCUGGAAGGGUGUGCACUCCCUUCUCUAGAGGAACAGGUUUGUAGUGUGUGCUCUUGAAGUAGUAUAAAAUACUUGCAUUCUGGCUAUUUUGUGAUGGCUGUGGAUCCGCUGACAAAGCUCUGAAAUCUUAAUAUCUUUCUUUGUGUUUCUUCUUGUGUACUAAUACUUUAUCCCUUGCUCCAGCCCUUCAGGGUGGAGGAAGCUACUCAUCCAGUGGAAAUGAUUUCUUUUUACCAGAAAGAAGCUAAAGAACAGUUUUGGAAAUGGCAACAUUACCCUCUUUGUUCUUACCCCAGCACAGAAUCAACAUUGUGUCAUUUAAAAUUUUUUUUAAGGCAGUUGCUACUUCCUCUAGAGGUCUAUAUUGCUGUUUUAAUACAAAUCACUCUCUUGAUGAUUACCAAAUCCAUUCCACUGCAUGCUUGCAAUAACUUAGGCUUUUUACUAUUUUGCUUGACUGCUAGUGAUAUAUUGAUGUGAUCUUUAGAGAGGAAGAGAUGAUUGAGCUAGAACAGGGGUCUGCAACCCGCGGCUCCGGAGCCGCAUGUGGCUCUUUUACACCUUUGCCGCGGCUCCAGGGCGGAUACUAGCGAGGGGAGGAGGCGCAUUGUGCGCCCCGACACUCCCCACUGUGGCGGGCGCUGUACUGGCUGUGACGUCGCAUGGGGGCGGUGCAUGCGUUAGUCAUGCACCGUCCCGACGUCACCUUCCUGCCCGCUGUCAGAUCGGAGGGCAGCGGCGCGCAUGCUUUAAAUGUCACAAUGGUUUUGCGGCUCCCAGGUUUUUUUUUCUUCGGAAAUGGGUCCAAGUGGCUCUUUUUGUCUUAAAGGUUGCAGACCCCUGAGCUAGAAUAAUAGCAGGGAAUCUUAGGAGAUUGCAAGCAAGGACAUUUUUUCAUAUUCUUGUGUAGUGGAAAGUAGAAAUGUCCUAGGUGACCAUUUAAGGGCAAAACAAAACAUUACCUGUCUAACUGUUAUGGAAAAACCACCCUAUUUUGCCUUUUUCACAACAAGAUCUUCAUUGAGCUGUUGACUCAUGGUCAGUCACCAUCUGUUAGGACCCGGUUCACAUAUAUGAUUUUAUUUUAUUUAGAAGAUUUAUAAACCGCUCAAUUGAAGAGCUCUCUAAGCAGUAUACAAUAAGUCGUAUCUUUGGUCUCAGCUUUAAAUCAUAACCAACUGUCCUUUGGAUAUCUUCUCUGUUUGAGUCCUUGCAUUCUUGAAUUUUGGGACAGUGCCAUCACAUAUGGAGAUCAUAAGCUGCUAUUUGUCCACAUUUUCAACAUCCAUAUGUUUUGUUCUUAUCAGUUUUAUUUAAUUUAUUUAGGGUUAAAUGCCAGCUAUAUUACAGUUGAUAAAAAAGCUAAAACUGACACAGAUGGCAUUGCUUGCUGUGCCAGUAAAAACAGAUGUCCAUCUGCAUAGAAGUGUCAGUCAUAUUUUACCCAUCUCUUUCUAAAAAAAUUCCUUUUUCUGUAACAGUUAUUUCAUUAGAGGACGGUAUAUUUUUGAUGGUAACCCCUUAGUAUUGUCUGUUGUUAGAACUUAGUAUUCAAAUCCUGAAUACAAGGUUCCUUUUCUAAGAAUUUCCAUGGUUACAUAAUUUCCCAGUUGACAAAUUUGGAACCAGUGGGGGUGAUAAGAAUGGCUUUUCGCAAUGUCAUUGACUCUUAUAAUACUGUUUUUUUACUCGUAGAGCACUCCAUUUGCAGUGCUAAGUGUUUCAUUACAAAUAAAAUAUGACAAAAUGGAUAUAGAAGGACUUUAAAAUAUUUAUGCAAGAUGUUAGCGUUUUUCAUAUUGUUCAAGAACUCUGACAUUUUAGGCUUCUGAUGUUUCUCAAACUCACUUUUAAACCCCAAGGUAGGUUAGUAAAUGGCUUUUUAGCAUUACCUGGUUCCAUCACAUACUCAGGAUCAGUUUGGUGCUCUUUGGCAAUUAAAUUCUGUGUUAGACAUUUAUAUUGCAGACUACAUGAUGCAGUUGCAGCUAACUAACCCCCUUUUAUGGCAGGAAAAGUGAAAACCGGUUGUUCUGGAGCAGUAAAUAAGUAGAAGCUGCUUUUCUUCCGUUUUUCACAGUUUAUGCUUCUGGGAUGAAUAAUCUGUAAGUAAUUUGCCCACGCAACAUAGGCAGUCUGUACUGUAAAGACUAGGCACUAAUAGCACCUUCCCCAUUCUGACUGCUCAUUCACCCAUUGCUGCCUCUGCCUCUGAAAAGCUGCCUAGCAUUUGUUUAUGGAAGUCCAGAGCAUGUAGUGAAAAAGCUGAGUAACAGUCCUUCUUCCUUUUCCCAGAGAGAGUGCAGGGCUUAAUAUGACCUCAGAAAUAACUUCCUUAAUCACAAGUUUGUAGAGGGGGAGUAAGCUUGUUGCGCCACCUGUAUCGCACUAUUCCCUUUUCAUAUGUUAAUCAGUAAUUAAUCUUGAUUUUUGUUGGGUUUAGGAGUUUUACUCUUGGCACAUGUGCAGAACCAAUUAUAUCGUAAAUCACCCGUGUUUCAGCAAAUGUCAUUCUGAUAGUUCCCUACUGCAUAGAGCACUACUAGUAAAACAUUUGAGGUCAGGAACUUGGAUUCCUCAACCACUGUAUUCAAGGAAACCCAUUUAUUGUUCUGUCUCAGUAGAAAAGGUUCAUUUCUCUUAGACUUAUAUCACAUUGGCAGCCAAUCAAGGAAAGUCAUAAUUGCAUUUAUGCAAUUGGGGGCGGGUGAGCUGAGGCCGCAUUAAUCUGUCUUAAUGAAUUAAUACCACUGGCCUCUUUUCACCCCCAAUAUGAAUGUGGCAGAUUCUUAAGAAUACAGUAUUUUACGUUCUUUAUUGAGCAAGAAUUACGCUUUGGGCACUCAAACAGAGUGCUUGACCUGCGUCUCUCGCACUGUAAAAUUGCUAAAUGUAUUCUUUGUACUUGAUUCUGCAGAAGGAUUUAGAGAGACUUGCCAUGGAUUGCAUGAAGCAGUAUUCAUCUCAAAUUAUCCCGAGCUGACUACUGGGCCUUUUUGAUAGCCUUCUUGUGAUGAUUUGUGCUGUGGAUGAUAAAGAUGGAUGAUUUUAAAAAAUCAGUUAAAAGGAUCUUUCAGGCUAACUAUUAAAUUAGGUCUAUGUAAACUGGAGGGAAAAGCAAUCAUACCAUGUCCUAUUUGGGAAAUGAGAAUUGGCAGCUUUCUUCUUGUCAUCACAUCAGCUGCUUGAAUUGUGCAGAGUCUAAUCAUAUCUCCAGGUUGUUCAGAGAGCAUGUUGAUUAGAUACAAUAUACAAAAGUGCUUAUAAGAGCAUCCUGCAUUUAAGGGAAUUGCUUUUGCGCUUGCCAAAAUCAGGGAUGUGAGCUCUUUAAUCUUGCCGCCAGCUCAGUGGGAAGAAGAUGGUGCAUCUGUUUCAACAUUUUCAGUGUCCUUGGUGCUCAUAAAUGUGUCCAGCUCUCCUUCUCAGGGUGUCCUAAAUGUGCCCCAGCUCUCCUUGGGCUAAAUUAGUAAAAUCAUGACUCAAAGGCUGCAUCAUAGAUAAUCCAAAUUAGAUUUUCUAUUUCUGUAACAAUGUUUUGGCAAUGGCUCGUGAAAGGCAAGGAAGGGCAUGUGUUGGGCAUUAGACAGGGCAACAAAGAUAGGAAGACACUUUGAGACACAUGGACCCAGAAGCUCAGCCCCAUGACUGGAAUGCAUAUCCGAGUCCUGUAUUCCAGUUUUGCUCCACACUAUACCAUAUACAAAGGUAAAUGAAGUAUUUAUAGCUUGGAAUUCUUCUUGUUAUGGCCCACACUCAGCCAAGCAUCAACAGCCAAUGCAAUUUAGACAAAUGUUUCUUAACACCAACUCAAGGAUGAAGAAGUUGUUGGACUCUAAUUGUUAGUAGCCCCAGCCAACAUGAUCAGGGAUGAUGGGAGUUGUAGCUCUCCAACAUCUGGAGGGCCACAGGUUACCUAUUCCUGUUUUAGAUCCCCACUGUGCAAACCAGACCUAUUCAUUCUUGCAGCCCUCUCCAGAGAGAGGAUUUUAAAUGUAUAACUUCAUCACAAGUCUAUAAUUCCAUCUUUAGUUGUGCUCCUUGACGUGUCCUGACAAGAGCUGGUGUCAGGGUUUGACUCCAGUUUUUGCUAAUCGGCCAUUUAUAAUUAAUGCUGGUUUUUGUUCCCACAGUUAUUUAGAAAGAGCUUUCACGUAUUCUAGGAAACAGAUAGUGGAAUCCUUUUAUAGAACUAAGGGCAGAGUAAGGCAGUUUAAUCAGCAAAAUUUUUUGUAGAUGACACAAGAUGGACAACUCUGACUAAGAAAGUCUUCUAUGCAUUAUUAUCCCAGUUUCAAGUUCUAGCCAUGUUGCACACUUCAAAACCUGAUUCCAUCCUGGCCCAGAAUUACCAUCCUUCCACACAGUGCUGCUGUCCUGGCUGCAUAGUGGGUUGUUUCUUCUGGUUCUUAUUACUUAAUGCAGCCUCUGUAUCUGUAUGUAUGCAUAGCUUUCCUGUUUCCAUUAUUGUGUCUGGAGCAGACACAGCCUGACAUACUUAGCAUUACCUCCCCUGGUGCUUUCCAUAUAAUCUGACUGGAUGGGGAAGGGUGAAGAGAGUGAGGCUGCUGAGUGCUGGGAGCACUGGAGCUUUUGGCUGGGGCGCUGUGGUCCUCCCCACAUGGGCCAAAUGCACGGCCAUACUUGCCGUUCCAUAACGAUCCCAUUCACAUUGGCUUAGCAUUAGCGCCCUGGUUCCCAGCAGGAACUCAUUGGAAACUAUUUAUCAUUUCUGACACAGAAGGUAAAAUCCCUCUUGUUUUAUUGAAAAUACACUCUUCAAGUUUUCAUUUAACAGCUGCUAUGAGGAGUCUGCCGAGUGCUGGGAACUGUUCUGUGAGAACCGCAGCAAUGCGCCAGAGAAGUUAGCAGUCAGAACUCAGUAAAAUGAGGCAGUGUGGUCGUUAAUCAUAUCUGUUUACUGACAGGAGGCUCAUGAUAUAUCACUUGGCCCACCUGUUGGAUUAAUGCUUUUCCUGAAUGUUUGCAAAUGUUUUUUUGCUAGACAGGUGAAUGUUAUCUUUUCCUCAUUCUGGGAGACGUGAGGUGCAGAAGUAUGAAGCCAGCGUAGUCAACGCGGUCAGUGACAAGGGAAGAGUUUCUUUGAGCUCCUGAUAUCUAUGGACAUUGAUUAUGCUCUAUAAUUUCUUAUUUGUUUCCUUCUGAUCUGGUCUAGAACUCUUUGUAUGUCAAAAUGUAGGAUGCAGGAAUGGACAAUUGGGCAUACUCUGCCUCUUUUAUAGGUUUUGCCAUUUAUGGAUACCUUUCACCAUCCAGUGGUUGAAAUCAAGGCUUGAGCAACCAUGAUUGUGUUCUUUUCAUUUUAUCUUGUACAGUGGUACCUCUGGUUACAAACUUAAUUCGUUCCGGAAGUCCGUUCUUAACCUGAAACUGUUCUUAACCUGAGGUACCACUUUAGCUAAUGGGGCCUCCUACUGCUGCCAUGCUGCUGGCGCGCAAUUUCUGUUCUCAUCCUGAGGUAAAGUUCUUAACCCGAAGUACUACUUCCAGGUUAGCGGAGUCUGUAACCCGAAGUGUUUGUAACCCGAGGGUUUGUAACCCGAGGUUCCACUGUAUGAGCAGUUUCUUUAAAAUUUUUGAUGUAUACCCCACCUUUCCUCCACAUUGCUCAAAUACAUUGGUUUUUCUCUCCCCAUUUUGUCCUCAAGAACCCUGUAAGCAGUGCUUUUUUUCAGGGGGUACUCAAGGGAAGGGCACUCAGUACCAGCACCUCUUUUUUUGGUUAAAAAGUUGUGACACUUACUGUAACAACUUCGUGGUGAGUACUGGCACCUAUUUUUCUAGAAAAAAAAGACAGCCACUGCCUAAGGUAACCCAGUGAGCUUCAUAGGUGAGUGGAGAUUUCAACCCCGGUCUCCCAGGUCCUAAUACAAGACUCUAACCGCUGCACCACACUGACCCUUGCACUGUUUCUGCUCUGAAAACGUGAACCAAAUGCUAUGUAGUUGAAAAUGAUCUAGGUGCAAGUAAGUCCAGUCCAGCUCCCUAAUUCCUGGAGAACUGCCACCAAAGGAUGUCAAGCCUUGCCAUAUGCACCUCGUACAAAGCUGAGAUGGAAAAUCCACGGAAUGUUUCUGGGAUGCACCCCUAUGAAAAGAAUCUCCUUGGCCUAGGAAGGAGCCCAUUCCUAGCAGCAGCAUUUGAGAAAAUCUAGAGCUGUGCUCCAGGCUUGCAAAGCAGCCGGCAUCUCAGCUUCAUAUCCUGUAAUAUAUUUAGGGAGAAUUGGCUUCCGGAAGGAUGCCCCUGGUUUACUACUUUUUCAUAGACUUGGAUCCCAAAGUGCAUCUCAGGGCUCUUUUGGAAUGACUUGAUGCAUGUUAAUUUAAUGGGAGAUAGAGACAUGGGAUGAAUGCAGAUGAUCAACCUGCCAAGUAAUAAAUGUGGGGAAGCUUGUUUGUUUCUUUAAAAGUGGGUUGAAGUGCAGCAGUAAAGAUGACCAUGGCUGGCUUAGUAGGAUUCUGUGGUUGCUCUUGCUCCACCCCUAAUUAGUUAGUCAGUCAGUUGUUCUGUUGCCAUGGAGUAAAGACGAACUCCACCAUGCAUCGCUGCAGUGUCUUGUCUCUAAUUCCCAGCUCUUUGUUUCGGAAAGUAGAUACUUAAUAUAUCCUCACCAAUUAAGCAUUCUCUCUUAGAGGAUUUUUUCUGGGGUGGGGAAUUUGGGACAUUUAAAAAAGUAGAUUGUGCUUUAAGUAAUAGAUGUGAAGGCAUAUGCUCUGUGUACUUUCGCAUCGUAAAAGCAAUAUUUUGUAUGCACAUCCCACAGAGACUCUCAAAACUGACCUCGCAAAACCAUCAGGAUUUCACAGGGGUCUUUCCCAGGCCUAUCAGGAAAUAAAUUGGGACCUUCUGCAUGUAAAUGCUGUACCCCUGGCCUGCAGUAAUAGUUAGGUUCUGUUCCCUAAGGGGGAAAAUACAGUAGUCAUGAGAUUAGCUCGGAAGAAUAUCUUCCCCCUCUCAGUGUCACGUGCCAUGGAUUCGGCUCACCAAUUUACCAAAUGGUAAAUGUGGGAAGUCUCAUUGAGAAAGGGCUCUCAUCUUUUACCCCACAGUCAGAUGUGUGACAGAAAAAACUGCACCACAUUUUAGAAAUUCUGUAGGACAGGGAUCUCACAUUAAUGCCAUUAAAAAGUGUAUCACAUGCUUAAAACAACUACAUCAGCAUAAACAUUUAAAAUUCACAGUGAAAAAUUACAAAUAAGCAAUAUCGCACAAAGAGCAGAUAAAGUAAAAGUAGCCAGUUAAACAUCUUUAAAUUCAAAAUGCACACUAAAUAAAAUUGUCAAACAGCUUAGACGAGUUACCCUAUUAGCUCUACAGUGGUACCUCGGGUUACAUACACUUCAGGUUACAGACUCCGCUAACCCAGAAAUAGUACCUCGGGUUAAGAACUUUGCUUCAGGAUGAGAACAGAAAUCGUGCAGUGGCAGCGCAGCGGCAGCAGGAGGCCCCAUUAGCUAAAGUGGUGCUUCAGGCUAAGAACAGUUUCAGGUUAAGAACAGACCUUCAGAAUGAAUUAAGUACUUAACCCGAGCUACCACUGUAUAUUAAAUUGGAGAUUAUAUUUCUGAAGCUUCCUGUAUAAGAUAGGACUUUAAUAGUCCUCCUUUUCUCUUCAACACUCAGUUUGUUUGGUUGUGCAUUGUCUUUUCCCUUCUAAUUCCAAAACAUAAUAAAAACGACACUUUACAAUAAAAAUGUUUCUCUGCCUUCCUCCCUCAAUUAUUUGACUGUUGAAGAAGGAAUAUCUUUUUGGUUCCAUCUGUGUCAGGUAACUACCCUGGCAGCCAUUAUUGACUACCUCCAAACCCAUGUCUUCAUGUAUUCAGACAGCUAAGACAAAGCAUGGUAGAAAAUUCCUUACCACUUAGUAAGUUGGUUGCCUGUGUGGAGCUAUACAAUUAGAAGAUACUAACCUCUUUUCAGCUUAGUAGCCAGAAGUGCAAUCUUCUGAGUUUUAUCAGACAGAAAAUUAGUAUUAAUAGCAUAUAAGGGUGGCUUAGGCGCUUACACUCUAUACCUGAGGAGGCAUGCCACUAAAUGGUUUCUAGAAUAUUGUUGCACAUCGGGGGUCAGUGGCGCUCCAUAGACAAUUGACCAGCUGGACCACACAUUGCAGUCUAUCUAUGAGGGGACUUCUACACCUUAGUUAUUCUAGAACUAUAGAAAAAAGAAAUUCUAUUUCCAUAUCCUACAACAGUUAAGCUUCUUAAAUAAUAAUUAGAAUCUUAAAAAUUAGGAUUGACACUUCUGUAUCUUUUAAAGCAUGUUGCUUAUUUCACAGCCCUCAACCCCGAAAGAAUAGAAAUAUGUGACCCAACUUGAAAGUGUGGAGGCAAAAAUGUGUGGCCUUGUUUCUUCAAUUCUUGCUGAGUCUGAAAGUGCUACCCUUUCUUCUCUUCCACUGCCAGCUACCUUUUUACAAGGAAUCUUUUGUUGUUGUAUGAAUUCAUAAUACAGACACUGUUUCUAGCAAUACAUCAGCAAGCCUUACCAUACUCUGAGCAUAAAUGGGGGGAAACGUGAGACACUAGUCUGAAAUUCCACUUUUCAACGUGGCUGUACUGUUUGAAGAAGACUGAAAUCUAUGUGCCAUGUUCUGCCUGUGUAAUGAAGUUUGCAUUGAUAUUCUGUUAAUGCUGAUGCCACUCAAAGUCCAAAACAACUGCAUUUAGGCAGCACAUCUUCUUGCAUGGGAUGAUCUUGCUUUUUAGUUGGGUUAACAGCCCGAUGAGGUCACUUCUUUGCAUAUCAAGCUGGUGUGCAUCACCUUUUGUUCCUAAAAACAAACUUCACAAAACCACCACACAAAAUCAUCCUUUUUUUAUUUUCCCCUAUUGAUCUUCAAAGGAUUGCAUUCUAAACAGUAUAUUGUGGCCUGUGAAUGCAAGUUUCCCUAGUUUAGGACCAUUUCCUCUGCUGAUAGGCAGAAGUUGUAAGGAUCAUUAUACUUUUCACUUAAGCUGUAAUUAUAUUAAAUGGCAUUUGUGAUUGGUUUGUAGCACAUAAGGGAUGUUUUAUGUUGCACUCGUUAUCUGUACAUAAAAUGGGCAAGAGUUUGGAAAUGGUGUGUCUGCAGAAUGAGACGAGGGAGGGUGGUCCCACUUUAUGCAAGUAAAGACAAAAGUCAUAGCAUGUGGUUCCAAAGUGGUUGAAUAAGAGGUACCAACAUUGCUUUUAAUGAGGAGUUUCCAAUACUAGGUUAUUAUGAUCCAAGUGUUAAAUUAGAUAAUCCUACCUAAAAAAUUAGAUUCUACAACUCACAUCUAUUAUUCUCUAAUGAAGAGGAUAUUUGCUUUAUAUAUGCCAAGACUUUUUUUUAAAAAAUGAUAUUUAUUAAAAGUUUAAGAAUUACAGAAAAAAGAGAAAAAGAAAACAACAAAAAAUUUGACAAAGCAUACAUUACAAUACAUAAAAAGAAAAGCAUAAAAAACAAUACAACAAUACAGCAAAAAAGAAAAACACAAUAACAUUAAAACGCACAUCCAAUGUUCCAUAUCUUUAUCUUUCAUUUACUUGUUUCAUCGACCUCCUCACACCUCCCUUUUUGUAUUCUAAUUUAAUUAAUUGUUUCAGCAAAUUCUUUCCAUCUUUCUCAAUUUUUGUUAUAUAAUUUAUCUUAACGGUCUAACCUUUUAAUUAACUCAACAAAUCCUUUCCAUCUUUCACUAUAUUCUGUCAUUCAAUUUACCUUAAUUUAUUUAACCUUAUCUUACCAAAAAAAACCCACACACCUUAAAACUUAAUGUACAUAACUCCUUAUAUCAUUUCUACUAAAGCCAAAUAGUUUCAUUCCAACAUUUUUCCUAAUACUCGUUAAUUUUACACUAAUUCUCAAAAUAAAUUUUUUUAAAAGCUUUCUUCCAAUCUUCAUCCAACGUCUCUUCUUCCUGGUCUCGGGUUUUGUCAGUCCUUCUUGUCCAUUCCAUCUGGUCCAUCAACCUGGUGAUCUUAUGUCCGAGGCUCUUAAGUCUUUUCCAUUUCCCUUCUGCAGAUCUUCUUCUUGUUUAUACCUGCACUUUACUUUGUCUUUUGUUGAUCUUUUUCUUAAUUUCUUUCCUUUCUCAUUGGGGGGUAGGUCUCGGAAGGACUCCAAUCCAAAAAUAUCUCCAUCUCUCCUCAGCAGAUCAGCCCAUUCCCCACAGUCCCAUUCCCCACAGUCAACACUGUAAUCCAGAAAGUAUUUAAAAGUAUGUUUCAAAGUCCUUCCAAAAUUAAGAGCCCUCACAACUCCAGACCCCCCCUGGUCCACUCCAGAGUCAAACUUCAAGAACAGCGGCUUAUGCUCCUGCAAGGCCUCGGAUCUCUCCAUUUGUGUUACUUGAGGUUCAACAGCAACCUCCUCCAUUAUCUUCUGCACUUGCGCUUGCCCUGUCAAAACAAGUUCCUGGGCUGGUUCCUGAAUGGUUUCUAUAUGGGUAUUCGCCGUUUGUCCAAAGUUUUUAACUGCAACAGUCAUCAAAUCCAUCUUCUCAUGCAUCUGCUCCAGCAAAGCGCUUGUCUUGCAAAAAGCAAGCACCAAAAUUUCUUCUAAACACAUUUUUAUUCAAGGUCAGAGUCUGGUCUCACGAUCCUAAUCUUACAGCUGUGAAAUCCCCAGAUCGACUCUGGCAACAAAUUAACAAGCUCCCUCUAGAGGAGACAAUUUCUAUUUGUAUCCAUCUUUUGAAAGCAGGACCAACAAAAGAAAAUUACUUUCAUUUUUCAAAUACUUUGUUUCUUUUGAAUGCAAGAAGCAACAUUGGAGUCAAUUUGUUUCUCUUUUUUUACUAUCUGUCAAAAGACAUUCCAUUCACAGUCGAUGAACUUCCCCAUAAAUUUCUGUCUCUGACACCCUGUUCCCAGGUUUGAGACGGUGGAAAUUUAUCUUUCUUUACUCUCUCUCCUGCAGGCUUAAACAGUCAAAAAUUCCCCCCCUUUUCUCCUGCUUCCAAGAGGGGUUUUGGUGGUAAUAACUGAAGGAAAUUUAGACCUUUAUAUACGACUUUCCAGACUUUAGCUUACGAAGUUUUUGCUUCAAUCUAUUUACAAAAAACGGGAGGCGGCCUUCCUGUUUAGAGCCUUCCCACUUCAGUGCCAAAUUAAAAUGUUUCUUAAUCCAAUUUUCCGUUCUACUCACGGGUACUUAUUUAGAGUCCAGUUGUCCACAGGAAAAAGUCAGCGCUCUCCGGCAACGGCUGUGCGGCUUCACUCCGUAAAAGUAGCGGUUGAUUCAAAACACCGCGCCACUCACCCCAUGUCGCUUCGGAUCCCCGAAAAAGGGUUUCCCUGCGAGUAGGGGAGGCGCUCCUGGUGUCAGCCGAAUCCCACAUUCCUCCGCCUGGGAUUUUUAGAGGGUCUCCGCCUUCGCCGCGGAGGCAAGACCCGAUUUUCACGGAGCGGGUUCCUCUCGGUCAGAGGAACUCUGCCAUUGCCGAUGGCGCUAACCCGGAAGUCUAUAUAUGCCAAGACUUAGAACCUCUCAUUAAAUCACAUUUACUUACAAUUUAGAUUUUAGUUUCUGUAAUGGUAAUCUUGGAGGACAAGCUCACCCCAUCUAACCCAAUUUGCCAGUGAAACCAAGGGGUGCUGGGCUUGUGAAACAGUGUCAGGGAUAAGAGCUGUUCUCAAGCUUGUGGCACAAGCAGUCUGGAGCCCUGGGUUGCUUGUGGGAGAUGAGCUUUAUCAAGACUGCAUGCCAAAUAUCAGUUUUUCCUUGCUGUAAAAAUAAUAUGUGAAAGGGCUCUUGAGAAAUCAGCAAUGUAUAUAUUAUAUGAGAGUGGGAAUGAGGAGGAAUAUAUGUGGCAUUCAUUCAGCAACCAGAUGUAGAGGUCCCGAGCUUCAUUUUUUCUUAUUACAAACCUAUUGCGAAUUAAAAACAAGAAAGAAACAAGCUACCGUGAGAUCAGAUGUAGCGUUACUGAUGUCAGGUGCAGGAUUUAUUUUCAAGAGCAAGAUUUAUCUGCGCAAGUCCUUUGGAGAAGUUGUCCCAGGGAAAGCUAGCUGUACUGUGAGUUUUAUCUUCUUUCCAAACUACACUUGUUUUUAAGUGCACGUUUGCUGUUUUCCAUGACCAAUCACACCCUUCCUAAAGAUUUAUAACUCAGCUGUUUCAAUUUGUGAUGGGCCGAAACUUUGGAAUGCAGAUUGUCAGUCCAGAUGUCAGACCUUUCCUUAAAAAAAAGAAAAUGAAGGAUUAAAUUAGGUAUGUGUGAUUUCCCCCCCUUUUCUUUGAAGGCUCAAAAUGUCACUUGAAGUCCUAAACUUAUUUCCUGUUUCCUUUCAGAUGUGAUGGUUCACUUUUAAAAGGGAAAACAUAUUGCUGAGCACCAAGUGCUGAACUAUAAAAAAUAAAGUUAACUAGAGUCCUGUGGCUAAUGUGUAGACUUAAAUGAGAAUCUUAUAGUAUCAUCAUAUGUAGUUUGUUUAUUUAUAAUAAUAUUCAUAUAUCACUAUUUCAUUUUUUAAAAAAACAAAGUAGUUAACAACAAUAACACAUAAAACCGUACAAUUAAAACCAUAUGGAAGUUAAAAUCAGACUUCAGUUAACUGUUGUGGGAAGAUGUGUUCUUCAUCGCCUGCAUAGGCUUCGCAGAAUAGAAAAGUUUUCAGCAGGCAUUUAAAAGUUGAAACAGAAGGUGCCUGCUGAAUCUCUGUUGAUAGAGUACCCCACAAUGUCCUCUCUUUCUUGUUGUUAUCAAAUGAGCCUCACCAACUUGGGAAACUACUAGUGACACUCCUGAAGAUGAAGUAGUGAGAUUUAUGCCACAUACUGCUCAGGUCUUGCCCAUCUGUUUCAGCAGCAGCAGCUCCUCAAUAUACCAGGGAGCAAAAUUGGACUGCAUAGUGCCAGAGGGGGCCUCCAGGAGCACAGAUAGUUAGAUGGCUUCCCAAAUAAAGCAGAGACCUUCAAUAGUCAUGUCGUGAUCGGUGUCACAGAAUGAAUUUGGGGGCCCAACCACCUCCUAAAGCUUUUAAACACUUUAAACUGUCUGUGUUUCCAUUUUGAGCAAAUAGGAGAGGCAUCCCUUGCUGCCACUGGAUAGUCCCCUAUCAGUCUGAGGAUUGUUAAAGCACGUGAAAGAGAAAGUUUACCCAAAGGUGCAUACAGCUUGCCCCAUUUUCAGAUUUGCUUUCCUGCUUUCACUAAAUAAAAAAAUCCCCUCCCCCAGAAAGAGGUUGAUUCCAGUGUCAGUCAUUGCUUUAGGAGCUGGGCUGGCAUGCUGCCCACGGCUGAGACAGACUUCAUAUCCCCAAGUUUUGAGGGGGAGAUGUAUGAACUUCCUUUCUGACUUUACUAGCAGUCAGGGUGUUUUGGAAUAUGUGAGCAUGAAAUUUCAGCUUUCUGUAUGUUCAGUGGCAUAUCAAAUGUGGUCCAAUCCAUUUUUAUAUAUAGAUACCCCAGUGCUUGUUUAAGUCUGGAUAUUUUUUUAAAAAAAGAAAAUUAGUUCCCCUCUAAUUUUUCAGGAAUUCCAGGUUUAUUCUUACUUGUCUUCACCUUUGUAAUUCAGGCAUUUCCAGAAUCUGAGACUCUUCUGAAAGUGGAGGUAUUUAAGUUUGGUUUCUCUUCAAGCACAGAUAAUUGUCACAGUAACUUUUCUUGCAUGGAAGAAUAGUAUGAGCGCUCUGAUCAGUGACUUAAAGCUCUUGGUUCUGCAACUAAUGGUGUUUACUUUGAUCUAGUUAAAGUAAACUGCUUGCAAGGUGUUUGAGAUGCUAUCGCUGUACUCCCAUGUGGCAAGGUCUUUGUAUUGCAGCAGGAUUCCUGCCUUUUGUGAGUUAUCAAUCAGUGCAUAGCUUUCAUCACUCAGUGCCAAGCAGGUCAAACAGAGGAGUUCACAUCUGUGUCUUGCUGACCAGUGAGUGUUUUCUAAUGGUCCUUUCACUGGUGAUAUAUUGCCAAACAGGCCAGCAGCUCAGAACGACAGUGGGGAUUUAUUGGGCUGAAUCUCUUGUUGCCCAUUGAAGUUUAUGUGUGUAUUGGCUUUGGGGCCACCUUGUUUCAUAGUUCAUGAAGGGCUAUCCAGCAGGAGACAGUAUCAUUUCAACAUAGAUUUAAUGGCCCAGUGACUAAAGGAUUACAUGUACAUCUCUAUUCCCUACUUACCAGGAUCCAGUAGUUCUUCAUUGGGAUGUAAUAUGCAUAUAUUCUGUCCAGUGUAGGAAAUAUGGACAGAAUAUAUUGAUAGUAGGUGCUAAUUUUAUUCCAGGUCCAAAGCCCAGAGUUUUGCACAAUGCAAACACACCUGUGGUUUAGAUUCAUACACACGCUACAGCAGGAGGGAAAUUAAAGGUCUUGAGGACAUAGACAGGACAGUUAUGCAAAACUAGGAAGUAUCAGAAGAUCCGUUGUCAUUUCUUACCUGUUGGCAGAUGUUAUUCAUGUUUUCAAACUGGCUUCAAACUAGCAUUAGAAUUAUUCAUAUUUUGAUUUUGUUUUUCAUCAAAAUGACUUCAUGUCCCAGUUUGGGGUAAGCGAUGCUUAGAAUAGAAUGCAGUCAAAGUUAAGGUAUCCACAUCCCAUUUGGGAUGGAAAAAGGAUUGGAGCAGCUAAUUCCCUUUGAUUCUUUAGCUUAAACUAGAUUAAAUUACUUUUGUUGCAGCUGCUGUUUGUAUUUGUCUGUGUUUUGAAUUGUGUGCCCACAGUGGGAACAGAGUGGAACGGAGAAAUGAUGCACACAGAGCUGGAAAGAAAACAGGCUGCAGCUUCAUUAUAAAUGUGUACAAUUGCUUGAAAUAGAUGGCAGGAACCAGAGACUGACAGUACUCAGGCCAGUGGUUCGGUUUAACUUUUCAGCUGGAAGGAGAAUGGCACCAGGAUGAUGGCUGCUGCCCAUAAACAAAUUAUUGAGGCUCAAACUGGCCAUGACUUUAAACACAUGGUUUUAAACUGUGCUCAGACUAGCCAUGCCUCUCUGUUUGCAAAAAGGUCCUUAUCAGGGCCAUGAAGUGGUGGGAAGAUGGCUUACUUCUUCUCCCAUGCUGUUUUCCUGCCAAAAACAAUACCCUCUGAAAAUGCUCUUACCCAUAACUUCUAAAAAUGUGGGGAAAUAACAGUUGGGGAGAAGGAAGUUAUCAGCAGGAGAAUGCCCCAAAUUGUUAGCCCUCAUCCCGUGCAACAUCUUCCACUACUUUUUGCUUUUUUGUAGACAAGAUGUGACCAGUCCAAGCACCUUCUUACAUCAUGUGCUUAAAGCCCCAUCUAGUUAGAUCUUGAGAGGGUAAUUGCUUUCAACUCUGCCAGUCACAGAAUGUAUUUGUGUGCUAAAAACCACCAAGGUCCUUUAAGGAGCCAGCCUUUGAAUUUCAUGCAACUCCUAUCCGGCUUCCCCAUCUCUUUCCAAGCCUCUUCCUUAAUGUAAAACCUUCUGUGUAACAACAUAGGCAGUGCUUAUAUUCACCACUCCUCUUAGGUAUAUUACCCCUGCCACACCCUUCACUGGCCCUGCUUUGCAUCCUCCUCAAGUAUGUAUGUCUGACUAGAUUAGAACAUAUCCCUGAUAAUGCAGCUUGCUUGCCUGGAUGGGAAUAGAGAGGAAUGUGCAUAAAAGAUAGUCUAUUGUACAAAGGCAAGCUUGACAUUUAUUGUUCUGUUCACUUUGGUUUCUGGUCCUGCCCAGCAUUGGCAUAUGCCCCCCUGAAGUUUGCCUAGAAGGGAAUGUGACCUGACCUAGCAUAUUGGAAAGCAACUUUGGUCAAGUCGUGUUCUGUUUUACCCUAAACCCUAAUCAAGUACCAAAACUGCACCACUGCAGUCCUAAUUCUGCUUCUGUUGAACAUCUAACAUUUUCAUUUAAUAUGUACAUUUUAGAAAUUAAAAUAUCACCUGAGGGGGGCUUCCUGUAUAUUUUCGGGAUCAUGGAAGGCAAGGAUGUGAAAUUUAACCUAUUCCUCCACUGCAUUCAUGAUAACCAUUUUGCUGAAGCUGCUAUUUGCAUUGGAAAGCAAUUCUCCAUUGGAUCCAGGGUGUCAGCCGGGGGGGGGGGGGAGUUCCCUCCCAAUACAAAUUGUGAUCAUUAUCAACUAGCCUUUCCUAUUUGCAUUUUUUAAAAAAAUAAUGUGCAGAGAUGUCUAAUUUGGCUCAUUUGCUUUGAGGAGUUACAUAAGGUGACACGACCACAACAUUUUGCCCCCAUGAGUUGGAGUGGCCCAUGCAAUGUUUCUUGUUAAGGUCUUUCAGAUUGCAGAUGUUCAUGUUUUUAUGAUCUGUUGCUUUGCUAACUGUUGGUCUGCCUCACAUUCAAUUUUAAUGAACAGCAAAGCAAGGAAGACUUUAAGAAUGAGGGGGAGAAACAAGUGACCUCGCUUUAUAUUCAAAUGCUUCCAAUUAAGGGGUCUGUUAUCUUACCCAAGAUAACUGGAAAAGGAUACUCAAAAUACUACCUUGUGUAAAUACAGCUAUUGCCUGCAUUAUAUCACCAGGAGUUCUCAACACAUCUGGAACGAAAGUAGUUCCAGUAACAUUAAAGCAUCCUAUUUUGGUUGGCACGCAGAUGCUGUGGUAUAUGCCAGUCAGUAAUGGGUUUUGGAAACAAGCUGCUCUAAAACUCUCCUGAACUAUUCUCCUGGGAAAUUAUUCAAUUAAAUACAACUAAAAUUAAUGCUUGUGUGUUUUGUUUGAAUAAAACAAAAUAAGCAGCUGGAAAAGAAAAUCCCUGGUGCAUGUUGGAGAGCAAGGGCUCCAGUUAAUAUUCAUGGAUUCUGAGCUCAAUUCUUGCCCCACUACUCUUUCCACCAAGUACUCAUUCUAAGUGAUGAUUAUUGCUGUAACUGAUGGUGCGUAGUUAUUCUUUCUUCAUUCUCUGGAAUAAUUUUGCAAAUAUAAAUAAUUUCUUUAGUUUCAGGGUAGAGAACCUGUGGCCUUCGAUAUGUUACUGUACUUCAGUUCCCAUCACUCCUGACCAUUGACUAUACUAGCCAGGGUUGAUGGGAGGUGGAGGUUUUUAAGCAGAGGUUGGAUGGCCAUCUGUCAUGGAUGCUUUAGCUGAGAUGUAGUUGAACAAAAUGUUCAGGGCGAUAUUCGUUCAUUCAUUCAUUCAUUUGUAGAUUUGUAUACCAAAAAUCCUAGGGUGGUUCACAACAUAAAAAUACAAAAGGAGAACACAAAAUACAUAAUGGAAACAAGAACAAAAACAAAUGAACAACCCCCUUUCCACAAACAUUUUAUUAUUUGCUAAAUUUAGUAAAUAGUCAGAUGGAGAAUAAAAUCAAGGAGACAUUCAAAAGAGGAAAUGUUGUAGUAACAGGUGACUUCAAUUACCCUCACACAGACUGAGUGCAUAUGUGCUCCAGUCAUGAAGAAAAGAUAAAAUUUCAAGAUACCCUAAAUGACUGUGCCCUAGAAUAGUUGGUCACGGAGGCUACCAGAAGGGCAAUAACCCUGGGCUUAAUCUUAAGCAGUUCUUGGGAUCUGGUGCAUGAUUAAAUGUUGUUGAGCAGACUGGGAAUAGGGGCCAUAGUGCUAUCACAUUCAAUAUAUAUGUAAAUGGACAGUUGCCAAGAAAACCUAACACACACAUUUGACUUGAAAAGAGGAAACUUAGCCAUUACCAAGAUGUUCUACCCCUCCACUGUCAGAGACAGUAUGCCUCUGAAUACCAGUUGCUGGGAAUCACAAUGGGAGAGAGAGCUGUUGCACUCAUGUUGGAUGCUGAGCCAGGUGGGCCUUUGGCCUAAUCUAGCAAGGUCGUUCUCAUGAUGUCAAGACCAUUGCCUCUAAGCAUUUGUUGAGGAAAGCAAAGUUUAUAUCAGCACAACUUGCUUCCGUUUGUUAUUAUUUGAGACUAGCUCUUGUGUAAAGGGCUGCUUAUAGGUUGCUUCCUCUUAGACAUUUAUGAAACUUUCCCAUUAUUUGGGCAUAGAUGAGAAUUUAUGGCUUUCAUUUGCUUUGGGUUUUAAAUUUUUCUUUGGGCUUUAGAUUCCAUUUGGUGCUCAGUAUUAAAGCGCUCUGCUUCGCAUGUGCACAUUGGCCACAAUCUUUUUCAUCACUGGCAUGAUACACAAUUUGCUUUCUUCUGUUGAGCAUAGUGUUGCGUUGUUUUGAAGUGUGUAGCCUGGUGUUUUGCGUGAUUCAUUUCCUUGGCAUUUCACUCUAAGGUGCUCCCUUGGAUGGUGGCAGUGGCUAUGGAGACUGGGUUGCCUCCAGAUUAAGCUUCGUCAUACUGUAAUGUUCUUGGUAUGAUAUGAAAUGUUCUGGGCUUCAGGUUUUGAGAUGUUUUUCUUCAACCCGGUUCCAGUAUACAUACAUUUGCCAUGUCCCAUGACUAAUUUUGUAGUGUAUAUUUUACAGAUAUACAUUACUCUGUUGAUAUAGAUCUAUUUGGAGAAGCUGGGUUUUACACGGUGUACCUCCAGAAUAAAUAUAAGGGAUUUGAGCGAGGAAGCUACUGGGAGGCUUCCAGGCAUCCUGAUUCAAGCUAGCCAAUGCCAUCCAUGCAGAGGCUGGCUGCAUUGUCACUCAUUGGUUUGCCAGCCAAUUUAUUUGUGUACUCCAUCAUAACCAAAAUGGUAGGUGUGGGGUGUUCUUCUCUUGCCACUAUACCAGUACAAUGAACCCCUGGUACUAAUGUAGUCUUAAUCUCUUUCACAUGCUCAUCUGUUUCUCAGUCCACAUCACCCAGACCUGCAAUUUGUCUAUAUUAGGAUGGGGAACCUGCUGAACUGCAAUGCCUAACCACCCUCCAGCCAGCAUGGUCAAGACUGAAGGGAGAUUUGGUCAAACAAUAUGUGGAUGGUCAAAGGUUUCCCACACCUGCCUCUAUACAUACUAUCUGCUUGUCUCAUGUGAUCUUUUUGUCUCUCAGGUAUCUCUCCCUCAGUCUUGCCUCCCUCCCUUCACAUCUCUAACUGCCUGACUUUUUAAAAUAUUUUUUCCCCAUCGUUUUCCAUCACAGAUGGCAUCUUCUUCCUCUUCCAGGACAUUUAUUCAUUUCUUUUUAUAAUUUAUAGUCCCCUCUUCAUGAAACAGAGGCAGUUUCUAAUAAUGAGAAUAAUGCACUUUAGCCACACAACAAAAAUCAAAUCAGUCCAUUAGAAUUGGCUAACAUUACAGGUGAGAGGAAGGAAAUCUGUGACAGUUUUCUCAAACAAGAAUAUCCUAGUUCAGGGGUCUGCAACCUUUAAGACAAAAAGAGCCACUUGGACCCUUUUCCGAAGAAAAAAAAAAAGGGAGCCGCAAAACUCGUCAUUAUAAAAAUAACUUUUUUGUCACUUUUUUAUUAUUUCUUUGUUUGACCCCUCAGAAUUACUCCUCCUCAUAGAAAUAAACGUUAAAUUAACAAGUUACCUUUUUGUGUGUGUGUGUUUGUCACUCCCCUUCAAAAGUGACCAGCGUACAUGCCCCCUUUCAAUGCAGUGAGCAGCGUACAUGCCCCUUACAAUGUAGCGGGCGGGCGGGCAGGAAGGUGAUGUCGGGACAGUGCGUGACUAACGCAAGCACCGCCCCCAUGCGACGUCACAGCCAGUACAGCGCCCGCCAGAGUGGGGAGUGUCGGGGCGCACAAUGCGCCUCCUCCCCUCGCUAGUAUCUGCCCCGGAGCCGCGGCAAAGGUGUAAAAGAGCCACAUGCGGCUCCGGAGCCGCGGGUUGCAGACACCUGUCCUAGUUCCUCACCAGACUUGCUACUAUGUACCUGCUUGUCACCAGUGCCCAUCUUCUUCUACUUCUGCUGCCACCUCCCGCAGCUCAGUAUGCAUAGCAGCAAAUCAUAUGCGGGACCUAGAUGCAGCUGUUCCUCCACAGCUGCUGCCAUCUCCAGAUGGAGAAAACUUAAAGGAUUCUGCAGAAGCAAUGAGAGGCUCACCCAACCCUGAUACAGCAUGCCAGCCAGAUGGUAGGAGGACAUGUUGAACAUGGUCCUCCUCCAUACAGAACUCCAGAAGAGUGACUAAUUUCACACCCCCCCCCAAUGUUAUGUCAAAGGGUGGUUUCUGAGGUUCUGGGGCAAUAACUUUUACCUGCAGGAGGUGGCAGCAGCAGUAGAAGAAGAAGAUGGGAACAGUGGCAUUCUUUGCUUCGGUUACCUGUUAUGUCUAGUGCUGAGGGCGCUGCCUUGCCCUGCCUUUGUCUACUAUCAUUCCUUCCCUUUGGAACAAUGUGUGUUUGCCUGCACUUAAAUCAUAGGCGCCAUCUCUCUGAGUGCCAGGGCUCCCACAAAAUGUUAGUUAUGUGUGCCCGUGGGUGCCCAGCCUUCACCUCUGCCUCCUCCGCAGCUGCCACUGCACACUGGGUGCCACCGCCACAGCCUUACCUCUUGUACAGCCACUGGACCUGGGCUUCUGCCUCUGCCACAAGGCCCUGAUCCAGUCCCCACCACGGUACAGGCCCCGGUCCAGUCACCACCAUGACGCUAGAGUGCAAGAGGUAAGGCAGUGGCCGUGGCACCUGGUGUGCAGUGGCAGCCUGGCGUCACGCUGUAACAUCAUCAAGUUCGAAUAAAGGCCUGGCUUGGAACCUCACACAUGGAAGAAAGGCUGGGUGGAACUGAAAUAAAGGAAAUCCUGCUCUCCUGUAGUCUUAUUAAUCUGUAGCUAAGAUGCGAUUGUACCUAGCACUGCUGCUAAAUCCAUUCCCCUCUUCAUUUUGCAAGUGCAGUUUGUAUUUGGCUUACUCAGUGGGCAGGAACUGUGAAGCCUGUUCUUUAAGGCAUCUGCCAAAUCCAAGUAAGGCUUUUACAUAUUUUAAAUAAAUCAGAAAAUCAAUUAGUACAAAUACGAGGAGGUUAUAUGGCAAGCAGCCUGCUUUUCUUCUGAGUGCUUUAGGAAUCCCGCCAUGCUUGGGACUCUGUGUGUGGUUCAGAAGUAUAAAAACUCUCAAGCCUCUUGGGAGAGGGCACACCUGAGUAGCAUACAGACAGAAACUCUGAUUCAGGAUGGGAUGUAACCAAGUAAAUCUUCCUUCUCCCGUGGGGGUGGAGAGAAGGAGCAUUUUAUUUGCUACAGAACAAAAAUGUUAUUUUCUUAAGCUGAGCAGUUUCCAGUUUUCCUUCUUCAUUGCCCAUCUGCCCUGAAUUUCACAGAGUUCUCUUUCCCUCUCUACCCAUUUCCCCCUCCAAAUUCUUUCCUGGUGAAUUCAUGUUAAAGAAAAGUGAUGGAAGGGAAGGCUGUUUAUUUUCCUUUUUCUUAACAUUUUGUAAUGUCCUGGGUUCCUGAUCGGUGCCUCACACAGACUGCAUAUUUUGGGCUCAUAAAGAUUAGGGACUUCCAGGCUUGGUCUACCUGGAAACCUCAGUGGCGCCUUGCCAUGAAUGACAGCUUUCCUAUACAAUGUAUAGUAUACAUGGAACACUUCAGGAAUUCAGUACACUUCACAUAAUCUCAGCAGUCCUUGCUACACCCCUGUAAGGUACAGCAGUAUUUCCCCUCUCUAUUACUGAUGGUAGGGCUUAACACCGAGAAGAAUGUUAGCUUGCCCAAGAUUAUCUAGUGAAUUUGUGGAUGAGGUUAGCAGGCAACUCACAGCUCACACUCUUGGCUACUGAAAUACAAUAAAGUACAAUAUCAUUUGUAAGGUUGGUAUUCCAAAUGUAAACCAUCCCCAUAGAUGUAACUGUUUAUAAAGUGAAGUGUUUAUAAUGUACAAACUACAGGGGUGGUUUAAGCAAUGAGGCCUUGAAAGUACUGUGGUUGCUCAAGAAAAUGCUGUACAAUUCCUCUUUUUUGUUGAAUGUAAAUGGACUCAAAGUGGGGCAUGGUCAAUUUAUACACUUGGCAGUUGUUCUUUCUGGAAACAGUUUUCUGCUUUGUGCUCCAGAAGCCAGAAAAACAUAAUUCAAAGACAGUGACACUAUUUUUUGUUUUAAAAACUACUUUAAUGUGACUGUGUAACUUGUGAAAGUCAUCAGUUUUGAAUUUUCAUCGUUCGAACUGAGCAAAGGUACUAGUAGAAACUUUUUCUCAUAAAUUACUUCAUAACCUACCACCUGUCAGUUGGCCUCACCCCUGCCACACUGACUGUAUAUGUGAAGACGGGAUUGAAUUUACUAAAACGUUGACCUAAUAUCCAAGAGCAGGAGGCUUGCAACUGGAAGACAACAUGUUGAAACUUCACUCGGAUGUUGGCAGCUUGCUAAUUUUUGUACUGCUUAAUAAUUUUCCUUGUUUUUUCCCACUCUGAAUCGACUGCGAGGUCUGUGAUGGAAACCACCCAUUCUGUAAGGAGCUGUUUUAUACAGAGUCACCCUUGUGAACCUGAUGAGUUUUCAGUGGAUGUAUGGCAUCCUUAGGAGAUGUUUUUCUCUGCCAUUAUCUAUGAUCUCUUCACCUGGAUAUGCCAUCUCUGAAGAAACUGGAAUGUUAACCUCUUUCUAUACAUAUUUUUAUGUUCUUAUGCUUCUCAGUGCAAGUGGGACCUGUGCUAAGUGUGGAGUGCCAGGCAGCUGUUCCUUCUUUCCCCUCUCAUUUCACUUUAUCCCUCUUCCCUACAAUGUUCCAUUCUGCCCCCUGCCUUCCUUCAGCAGUCAGCCAGCAUUCUGUGUCCACUGAACAUGCUCAGUCUCUCCCACUCCCCUGCACCCCCCAUUUUGGGGGAAUACAUGUGAAUCCAGAUUUGGAGAGUGGAGUUUGCUAUUCACAUAUAUCAAUACCUGCACCUUGAAUCUCAGCUGGAAACAAAUAAGCAAGUAAUGUUUUUUUAAAUGUCAAAGUGCAGUUAGCACUUACUUAUAGUCAUGAUGUCAUUAUUUGUGCUGAAAAAUGGAAUAUUGGUGAGAAGCACAACUGUAAGAGAGAUAUUCUAUAAGGAAGCUGUUUAAACAGGAUCAUGCUUCAGUUUUUAUUCUCAAUUAUAACUGAGCCUUAGAAAUUGUAUUUAUACCAAUAUUCAAAGGUACAAAUAUUUUCCAUUUGCAGGUUUGGACAAAAUCUUUGGGGCAAUAGAGUGCAGUGCAAGUAGCAUGAGGGCUGAAUGUGUGGGGCCAGUUUCUAAUCUCUGGUCAUUUGCAGGUAGCUUUGGGGUGAUCCUUGCCCAUUGCAAAAGUGGAGGUUCUGUGCAGCCACUCCAAACAGCCCAGAUAAAAUUUUCACCCUUCUUCUGGUCUAAAUUUAUAAAGCAUUUUGUUCUAACUACUAACCAUGGGCCAAGGAACAGAUGUGUCUGCACGUUCUUAAUCCGUUAUGCUAGCUAAGUGCAGCAUCUACAUGGGCUACACCUACCGUGAUGCUUUUGGGUGGCUUCUGCUUGGCUUCUGUCACAUUUAAAACAACCAUCUGUCUAACCUUCCUCAGAGGGCUGCCAUGCCAAUAAGUUAGAUCAAAGCUGCAGAGCUCUUGGUUGCUGGAAGGGUGCCAUAAAAUGAUAACAUUGCAUUUGUUUGGGUGUGAUGGUAGAAAACCUGGAUAUUAAUACUAUAUAACGAUAUCUCUUUUUUAAUAGAAAUCAUCGACGAUAUCACCAAUUUAGUAGAAAAUACCGACAACAAGCUGCGCAACCAAACCAAGCGUGUAAUGACAGUGGACAGAAAAUCAUCUUCUUGUGGUAAGAUAUGGUUUGACUUAAAAGUCUACUUUUUAAAUAAUUUUUUAAAAAAAUAGCUGCCAUUUUGUAGCUUCUAAUUACUGGCCUGAAGCAGUCUAAAUAAUUUUUCACUGUCAUCUUGUAAUGGUUAAUGGCAGUUAAUUAAGCACGGUUUAAGCAGCUACUGCUUUUGAGAAAGAGAGUGAGGAGAGAAAAGAAGACAUGAUAGAAGAGGAGUAAAAUUAGUAUCCUCAUAUAGAGAAGGGGAGUUAUUUGUAGAAGUGAUUCCAUUUGGUAAAAUGUCUGUGCCUACAGAUACCCUACAAAGCAGAGAGUUCUCUUAUGUGAAGGCCACCAAUGUUGCAAUUUGUGUUUCUACUAUUGCACUUUCCAUAUUGUCAAACAUAAUAAACCAGGCAUAGGUAAACUCCGGCCCGCCAGGUGUUUGGGACUACAAUUCCCAUCAUCCCUGACCACUGGUCGUGUUAGCUAGGGAUGAUGGGAAAUAUAGUCCCAAACAUCUGGAGGGCCGGAGUUUGCCUAUGCCUGUAAUAAACUGUAUGUUGCCAGUUAAGCCACGUGUGUACAUAAUUUUAAAUCUUUAUUUUCUUGGCACAUGAUAGGUAUAGGAUAUUUAGCACCAUUUCGUUUCCAUAUAAUACGUUGGCUUAGUGCAGGGUUUCCCAAACUUGGGCCCCAAGCUGUUUUUGCACUACAAUUCCCAUCAUCCCUGACCACUGGGAUGAUGGGAAUUGUAGUGCAAAAACAGCUGGGGACCCAAAUUUGGAAACCCUGGUUUAGUGCAAAACAGUAUGAAACACUGGUCGGGCUGAUAAAACACAACUGAAUACUCUUCUACGAUUCCUUGAUGUUUCAGAUAACUGCAUGUGUUAAAUUUCAAAAGACUUAGAUGUAAAACCAAUUGUGUGGGGCAGGGGAAUCCUUGAUCUUUAUUGUUGAGUUUUGUGUUCACAGUGCACUUAAUUUACUGAAUGUCUUAAUACUGAAUGUCUCUUAAAUGACUUAAGCAAAAAAGAAGGAAGGCCAUCAAGUUAGACUCUUCAACUGCACUUAGAAAGAAUAAUCCUGUGUUUGUUAGAAGUAUUUGUAUCCCUCCUUCUGUCUGGCAGAAAAGACUUCAAUGCCGCGGACAGUAAAUGGAAAUUAAUAUUUAAUAAACAUAAUAUACUUGGUUAAGAUAGUGGUGGUUCAUGAUGGCUCUGCGGGGAGGAGGGGAUGAUGAUGGAAAAUGUCUGAUCUCCUGGCUUUAGAUGUUGCUAUAAAUGUUGUCAUUGUUAUUUAUUAGCAACUUUACCAUGGUACCGGGGGCGGGGGGAGCUUCAGAAGCAUACAGUUUGUGCUAGCAUUAUUAGCAUUAACAUCUUAGGCCUGGUGGCAGUCAGCCAUUUGAUAUUAAACCCCUACAGUUGAGUUCUGAAUCUGAAAGCAGGGAUUUGCACCCGUAUCUAGUCAUGAAAUCAUAUAGUGUAGGCUAGUGAUACUUUUUCCCCAUCAUCAAGCAGAUGGCAGUUGCUUUUCAGAUUGAUUCGAUUUUACCUAGGAACCUGGCUCUAUGAAAUGCUAAGAGUCAGAGAACAAAGGUAUAUUUCAUCUGAUAUUUCCAAAGACAAUUAAAGAUGACUUAGUCUAUCCUCCACGCUUUCCCCUCUUUCCCCGCCAGUUCUUCCAGCUCACUAGAAAUGCAUGUGAAUGGUAAGAUAUAGGAAUGGGUUGUAUUAAAACCUCCCAUUUUCUUCUGUUCCACAAGGUGGCAUCGCAGCGAGAUGUCUCUUUGCUUUUAGUUUUUAUGGUGUCUUUAGGGGAGAACAAAAAUCAUGGCUUUAAUUUCUAUCACCUAAAUCGGUAUGUGCUGCGCUGUAUUAACUUCUCACAGGAAUAUUAUUUUUUUACGGUGUUCCUCAGACUUUGCUGCAAACUUUAAAUAAAUCUGCGGGGUUUUUAAAAUGUGGAUGACAUCCUAAAAGAAUGUCCCUAGAAAGUAGGAGUAUGCCCCCAGCUCUCACCUUAUUCAUCAUUCUGGUGCAGUACCCACAUUCUUUGGCUAUUUUUCUCAGAAAGUCAAUUGGCUUGAUAAAUUCAGGGCUGCAAGUAAUCAGGUUUGUUCAGCUGAUGCAAAGUAUAUAUAUUUUGACGAGUGAAAGUUCCAUCCGCUUUAUUUUUAGUAUUGCGGGGAGCUUAGUUCAGUGUGACAUGAAGUCAGCCUUUCCUGUGGCCGGUUUGCCAGAAGAUUGUGCCAGCGUUCUUUCCAAUAACUGCACGGACAAUUGCCUUGGGUCUGAACCAAAAGAUGAUUUCCCUGAAACAACUUUUUUCCCUGGUUUAUGAGCUGUUCCAUUUUUCUCUUUGCUCCUUUUCAUGUUCCCUAAGCCCAGCUAUCUGGGUAUUUGGAAUCACUUUCCACGAUGUUACUACCAUUUGGUUUGUGAUGUUGGCAGAUCUUAUGCCAUGAAGUGUGUGUGACACCUCAUACCGAUAGCAGAGCAAUGGACCAAGUUUGGAGAAGGGGCAUAAAAACAUAGUAACUUCUUUUUGUAAGAUGGGAGGUGGGUUCUUAUUUCAGCUGCUAUUUACAUAAUAAAAAUGUGCAUUAAUUUCAUUCAUGAAGUUAAGAUCAGUCUAAUUUGGCCCUGAGACAUAGAGAUAACUUGUCUGGAUGGUGGCCAACAGUGGCCUUUGGCUGCAAUGGGGCCCUGUAACUGCUGAGCUGUCAUUUAUUUCAGAUUCAGACGCUGGGACUGCUGCACUCAUAUAUCAUCCCCUUAUGCCUGUCAAAAUGUUUGUGCUUUUUGAGGACUUCAACUGCUGUGGCAUGUUAAUCAGAAGCUCAGAUAAUUGUGCCCAGCAUGCUAUGAUUUGCAGAGUUCAAGACCCUAAGCAGCAGUGGACGCUCACAAGACAGCAUCGUUUCAUACAUAUUUUUUUCUUCUUUAUAUCUUGUCAAGAGCAUCACAGAUCCUAAUAUGCUCGCCUCCCACCACCAUCAGAUGCGCUCUCUCCUUUUCCCAUUCUCCUCUGGUGAAGUGGAGUAAAGGAUAAGUUGCUUGACUUGCCAAGGUCACCCAAACAGCCCCAUGGCAUGGCUAUCAUUAAACCUGUAUCUCUGGAAUUCUAUCCCAAUGCUUUAAUCACUGAGCAACCUCUUUGUCACUUGGCAGAAGUCCAUGGUGAAAGCAUUCAGAAAGAAAUAGUCUGGACAGUAAAAUCCUUCCAACUCCCACAGUCUCCCCAAAGAACAAUAAACCCCAAGCUUAGUUAAUAUUUUGUCUCGUUAGGCUUCCAAGAGCAGAAAUCUAAAAAUUUAGAGUGAUAAGACGCAGGAUUGUGAGCUACUCUGGUAGGCAGUUUGGAUCUGAUACUCAUAAUUAUAUCCUUGUUAUUUACUCUUUCUUGAAACUCAGAAGAGGAUUUGGCAUGUCUAGUGAGAAAAUGCUGUUGUGUGUCGUCCCCCCCCCCCAAGCCUUUCACCUUAAAGCAAUGGGUAAGGGGGGUCUAGCAUGCCUAUGCAGGCUGGGUGAGCGGAAGAGGUCAGCAACACCUAGUUAAUUACAUUUGCAUAUGCAGCUGUUCAAAUAGAGCCUCUCUGGUGCCUGCUCUCACCUCGUGGGGGAUUUGGAGCAGCUGUUGCUAGACCCGGCAAUCUGGCUCUGCCAUUGGAGGGCUGGGGUGCGUCCCCGGGACGCCCCCUCAACCAUCUAUCAUUUCAAAGGCCAAGUAAUUAGUUAUAUUUGAAUACAAAGAGGGGAAACCUGGCAUUGUGUGAACAUCCAGGGGCAGCUGCUUAUAGUUUGGUUUCCAAGGAUACGUGUCCAGGAGUUAAAUCACUGCUUGAUAUUUCUGGAAAAAGUGCAGAAAUGUGAUAAUCAGAAUUUGAUGCCUGCUGUUUAUUUUAUAGCACAUCCUGCAAGUCGGUGGAGGCUUCCCUGUGAUUUUAGGUGGUUGUUUAAUUUUCCUUUAAAAACACCGAAAAAAAAUACAAUUGGCUAUCGUGCUGAGGUUCUGCUGAGAUCAUGACUUAGUUUGUUUUGUUUUGUGGGAGCUGGGUGAAAAUCAUGUGUGGCCCGCUUUCCUGAUUCUGCAUGCGUUUUUUUGAAGCUCUUUAAUUCCCUUCACUAGAAAUAUGGGUAUUUCAAAAGCAGAUGCUAGGCAGCAGAAAUAUAGGGUGCAGAUAGUAGACGGAUGGUGGAAAGGUCCAGGAUAAAGACUUUCCCGCUUAUAAGGGCAAUCUUAAGGUGCACGUCAGCCUCCAAAAUAGAGAUGAUAAGGAUUCAUAGUAUUUCAUUCCUAAAAGCAAGGACAUCCAGGGUGCUUUUUCUCAGUUAAAGAUACCUUGGUUAACAUACCUUGUUCCACCUGAAAGAUUUCGCAUAUCCAACCAGCCAGUCUGUUGCUGUUGCUGCUUUUCCUUUCCCUCCUCCUUUUUCGUUUUCAUAUCUGAAACAAAACUGAGAGAGCCAUUAGGAGCAGUGCACACAUCUUUCCCUCCACCACAUGAAACCAUGUGCAGUGUGAACUGGCCCUUACUCAUGAGUGCCUGAUCACAUGCAGGACUGAUCUGUAGCAUUUCUGAACUUCAAGAAAAUGACGCGACAGUCACAUAAACCAAUAGUUUAUGCAGUUGGCCAUUCAUGCUGAGGGCCUGUUUGUGUAGUAGAGGAGAGGGACUAGCUCAUGUUUGCUCUUCAUCCAACUGCAGCCCUACUCUUGGGCUAUGAUCUUGGGCCGAGGCAUUGACCAUUUUUUCAAAUAAAAUGAAAGUGAAAAAUUUAUUUUUCAAAUAAAUGAGGAGGCCAAUCUUGAGGAAAGCAUCUGAAUCCACGGUGUUGUGUGGUGGAUUUCACUGUCUCAUUGCUGCUGUAGAUGGUGUUCAGUUAACUCUAUCCUCCCUUUGGAGUCCUCAAAAAGAAGGAAGGGUGGAAUAAAUUGCCCCCCCCCCCGCCGCUUUCACUAGAGAAAUAUAACUGCAAAGUAAUUGAUUGCCAAAACAGUGGUGAGUGACAUUGUGGAUCUGUGAUGCCUGUCCUGUAGAUGUACAUGGGACUGUAAUGUUUGGAAAUAAGGGACACGUAUCAUUUCCCUGUAUUCAUCCUGGUCUGUGGAGUCUGGGCCAGAGACCUCUGUGGUGCAUAUGUGUUUCAUGGAAAGUGCCAUAAGCCACACAAAUCCCUGGUUACUCGAAAGGUCUUCUCUGUUGCAGUUUUCAGUCUUCCCAGUCGUAUUCCUUGAUGGCUCAAUAUAACAUUUGAUGGCCUUUUCAUAUUUGCCUUUGAAAUGCUCUCCAAAUUUCUGCGGUCUCUCUCUCCCUUCAUUUCGAGGGUUCAGAUUUGCUCCUUGUCUCUGCUCUCCGUGGAUUCUCAUCGUGGAGCAGGAGAUACUGCUUUAGGGUGGGUUUAUUUACCUAAUAAACUGGCUCUUGUAUCGUCUAGGAAAUGCUGACAUUUUUGAAAGAGGAACUCCUAGUAACAGGCAAACAAAGGUCCAGCAGUUAGGUCUGGUGAAACAACGAAAUGAAGGUCAGCGAAUAUUGCCCUCAGCCUCUUUCCCGGUGGCCAUGACAGCAGCGGAGGUUUAUUUGAAGAUCCCAGACUCAGAGUCAUUGCUUGCAUUGUCACCCAUCUGAGCGUUCGAGUCUGUGCCAACAGUUUGGGAUAUUAAUGUAUUCCACAGAUCAGUGAAAAAAGGAAUUCCUCUGCACGUCUUUCUUUUCUUUUCUUUUCUUUUCUUUUCUUUUUGUUUUCCCUAAUUUCCCCCCCUCUCACUCCUUUCCAUACACUUUGUUUGCAGUGCCUUUGUCUGGCGGAUGUUGCUGGGCAUUUCUAAUGAGAAAGCAAAGAAUUGUGGAGAGGGAGGGGGAGGGGUGUGUUAGCACUUUAAAACAUAAGGUGAAAGUUUUUUACAAGCUAGUCAGGUGCAUAGAAAUUCGUAUUCUGGUUGGGAUUGUGAAUGCAAAUAUACAGUAGAAAGCUCCCUUUCUGACACAUAAAUCUCAUUGAUUUGCUUCCUGGAGCAAGAAAGUACUUUAGGAAAAAUUAAACACUGCUGCUCCACAGGAUGCCAUGCCUCAGUGCUUCUUUAGUAUUCAUCCGUGCUUCAUUACCACAGCCACCUCUCAGCCCACCCUGAGCAGCUGCUAAAAGGGGCAAAAUUACAGCAAUUCAUACUGCGGGUGACUUACUGCCAGGGAAUAAUUGGUUUCUGUUUGCAAGGGACAUUAUCACAGCGAAGCUUGGAAAACAGAAAUUGUUUGCUGGUUUUGGGGAGGGGGGUGUUCAAUGGAAUGUAUUUAUCAAGAUUUUCACAGGAUUUGUAGAAAGGGCAGCUUAAUGGAAAGAAAAGCUGUUGUUGUUCUUGCGAAGAGACAAUUAUCUAAUAAAGAAAUGGGUCAGGCAAAGGAAUUUGCACAGGUUUCUUAAACGUAUCUGUUUAUGCGGCUUCCCUAGCAGGAAUUGUACUUAAUACUUAGAUAUUUUUUUAAUAUAUUCUUUGAUCCUUCAUGGAAAUGUUAAUGAGACGAAAUGGGCUAAAGAGCUCUCCAGACACUGCCUGGAGAGGGAGGAAUGAAAUGCAGACCCUCUGGAGGGCUUCUGACACACAAGAAGUCCCUUUGUUUCCUGUUUUACAAACCAGAGACAUGUCUAAAAUCAGCAGCAAAAGAGAGCAGGCUGAAGAGGCAGUGCCGAAGACUAGGCUUUCUAUAUUUUAAAGGGGGGGGGGAAUUGUUUGUUGCUGGCUGUGAAUGCCUUGGCGUGCUUGAUGGGCAGUGUUCUGUGGCUGUUUGAAGUCCAGAAUGAAGGUACUCGGAAGAUGUGAGCAGGAUGUGGUUAGGCCGUCUUUCACUUAGACUUAAUUAAGAAUCUUGCAGGCUUUGUCUCUUGGGGAGCCUGUUUCUGUGAAUAGGGAGCUUGGCCCCAAAAUUGUAUAUACCAGGCCCACUGCCUUUGUGUUGGGUUGCCAAACUGAAGACAGUAGCAAGUGCAGGCCCCAUGUUGCUGGAGGUCAUCCUCUUGUUCGGAGAAGUGAGCCCACAUCCCCAAGAGAAAGCGACAGGAGCUGGAGGGAGUCUUUCUUAGGAACCGGAGAGUAACCAACCUUUAUAUAUGUGUGCGUGCGUGUGUAUAAAUAAAAAGCCAGUGGGAGGUAGAAGAGGUUUUGUAACACUUUCCAGCGGAUGAUUGUUUAGCCUUAUGGAAGGUCAGAGGCUAAACCACAAAGGGCAAACACUUUUCCUCAAGGAGUCAACACUGGGUCCAUUUCUGUAUGUGGGACUAUAUUUGGGGUUUCAUACCCAGAUAUUAAUGAGUCCAGGUAUACAAUUUAUAACCUAUGAUGUUCCCUUCUAGAGGAGUCAGAUUUAUUUUUAAUACUUUAAUGAUUAACAAAAAAAGAUUCAUUGUUAUUUUGGCUUUUCACAGGAGAAAUCCUAGGACUUUGAGAGUGUUGUCCAAAGCUUAAUGGCUGGCCUUCCAUUUUCAGCAAAAACCUAAACUCCUGGUUAUGGUUUUAGAUAAGCCAUAAGGUCAGGUCUUUCUAUUCAUUUGCAUGAGAAUUAAUGCCUAUAGAAGUGACCUUUGCCUCUCAUUUCAUCAGAGGUCUUGGUAGUUGUAACUGUGUUUAGGGGAGAGAAGUCGAACAGGUGAAUAGUGAGGUGGCCUGGAUAGGCACUUGAAGGACUCUCUAUCCUCUAUCCCAUAGGCUGUGAACAUGAUUGGAUGAGGUAGGUCAGGAGCAGCCGCUGUGUUCCCCUCCAGAUGUUCUGACCACCCUGCAUCAUUGGCAAUGCUGUCUGUGGUUGAUGAGUUGCAGUCCAUAAAAUCUAGAGGGACCAGGUUAGCUACCCUCGAGGUAGGGGUGAUGUCUCUGCUAGAAAAGCAACUGAGAAGAAACUUGGACCAUGCUCUUAACUUGCCAUUCAUGGGGCACAACGAUAGAGAGAGUCUAACUCUGUGCAUUCCUGCAUGAGACUGGUAGUUUUAAAUCUGUUUCAUUCUGGCUUUAGGCCAGAUUUGGGCCCAGAGACUUCUCUGCUUGUAGUGGACAAUCUCAGCUGUUGCUACUAUACCUGCUGAUGCCAUUUGACAGUAGCAUCCUUCUGAAUCAUAUUGCGGGGUUGAGGUGAUUCUGCUUCCUUUUUGACUGGUAUAAGAGGGUAUUAUUAACAGCUGUUCAGUCUAUUUCCCCACCAUUCUUGUUUCUGUUUUGGGGAGUGGGGAUCCACUUGUGAAUCAGCAUCUAAAAGCUCUUGUGGUUAGAUAAGGUGGAAUAGACUUUAAGCAGAAGGCAGACAAGACUGAAGAUGCAGUGCUUCCUUCCAUUCAUACUCACUUAGAAGAUCAGAUACCUAACCUAGAAAUGUCCCUAGUGGCCAUGGGUGCUUUUUUCACUUACACUCAGUAUUAGCUGCUGCAACUCUUAUUGGAAGGUAAGACCUUCCUGGUGCUGGGGCGGGGGGGGGGGGGUGUCAUCACUCAUACUUGAAUUAUCUUAAGAAUUUGAUUUGUAUAAUAUGCUCUGUGUGAACAUGCCUGGAAGCUUAGCUUAUGCAAAACUUUACUUGUAUGAUGAGGUAUGAGACACUACCUGCAUAUUUAAAAAUUCCACAUGCUUGCUUUUUAAGAACAAUUCAUGGUGGUUAUUUAUGAAGCCCUGCAUGGCUAAGUCACAGGUAUCUCAAUAAACACAUGCCAUAUUAAAGUAUUCCACGUGUUUGGAUCUUAAGGAGAGUUUCCUACUAUGUAUAUUUCUUUUUCCAAAGAGAGGGAGGCAUUUAGUGGAGGCGUUCAUAUUGAGGAAUUUUGUUCUUUCAUAGCAAUAUUAAAAAUAGAACAUCGGGGGUUGGAGUUUCUAAGUUUACUCUCAAGCUGAGUUGCUGUAGCCCUUCAUUCUCUCUGCUGAUACUUGUGCACACAGAAAAGAGAAAAAUAUUUGCACAUGGAUUAACAUUUUCUAGAACUUAUUGCCAUUUGUAGGGCAGGGAGAAAACAACAGGAUUAGGCAGAGAUUCGAAUUAACGUACAGUCAUUUUGGAUUCUGGUUUAUGAGAUGAAUUCAUAGGUUUAAUUUGCUGCCAUGCAGUUUCCACAAUGAGUUGCAUUUGGAAUGAGUUGCAGUUAAAGUUCUUUUGGGGAGAGAAACAGUCAGACUUCUGAUUAACUGAGGCAACCCUAGUUAAAACUAAGGGUGAAUGCCCAAAACAAAAUCCCUUAUACUUUAUAGCAGCCUCCCUCAACCUUGGGUCCCCAGAUGUUGUUGGACUACAACUCCCAUCAUUCCUAGCUAGCAGGACCAGUGAUCAGGAAUGAUGGCAGUUGUAGUUGAGGGUUGAGAGAGGCUGCUUUAUAGGUAUUGGAGUAUGACUUGGGACCUUGGGGUUCAUUACUACUACUACUACUACUACUACUACUUCUAAUGUUUUUCAAAGUUUUAAUACAUACAUUUUCUACAUAUUUUCUUCCAUCCAUUCUUGUUGAAUCCAUAUGAGCAUCUUUCUGUCCUCAGUUACUGCAGAGCAGAGCAAAUCCUUCUUUAAGGAUUUUUCAAUGCAGAACUGAGAUUGGCUUUGCUUAAACUGUACGAGUAAUAGCAGCUUCCUACUUUAGGGUUUGGUUGCUUACAUCUCACUGUGUUUAAAUCCCUUUCCCUCAUAAGCUAGCUCGUUCAACAUCACUGAACAAGGUGGUUCAGUGGAUUAAAUGUUGGACAACGGAAGCCCUUCGGCAAGUCACUACCUCUUGGCCUUCUUUCUCUAUAUCUGCAAAAAGGGGAUAACCCAGGAGUGGAUGUUCGUGAAUGAAUGAGGUAUGGAAAGUUCAAUUGCAAGUUUAAAUAAUCAGUUUGCACUCUUGUGGCUGUUUAAUAACAACUAUAUGAUCUACUUGUGGAAGCCUUUUGCUUAUCUUUUGUUGUUGAUCAGGCAAGGCUCCCUUUUUGGACUCCUUCAGCGCUUGUCCUUAGCAGUUUGCACCAAAGGACUGAGGAAGUAGCUUAGGGUUGGUUGUUUAGGUUUCCUCUCAGUAACUUUAUCUGAGCACUUUCUGUUCCUAUCUACUUUCUCAUGGAUAAUCUCCUUUCAUUUUGUUGAACUCUUCCUGUAAAACAGUUUCUGCUGAAUAGCACAUGAGUAGUGGGCUAUUUUCACAUCAUGCUAUGCUUCAAGCUUCCUUCUGUGCAUGUAAACCUAUAAAGAGGCUCAUCAUUUAUUCAGCCACAGGUAAUUCUCAUGCACGCUUAACAUACCAAAGAGAAAAGUGUGUGUAAGGAAGGAAGUAGGCUGAGAGGAAAGAGGCAACACUCUUCCCUUAUUUUCUCUCUUAAAUGAAUUUGAUAACCAAAGCUACUGAGGACUGUUGAAAAUUACAAAAUCAGGAAAGGGAGGAGAAUAUUUGGGCUCCAGUUUGUGGCUGAUAAUGUUCAAGACUGAAUUAUAAGGAGGAAAGAACUGGUAAAAUCAGGCAGUGUCAAGACAGCCGCAGAGUUUUUUCUAAGCACCCAUUCUUGCCAGGGUAUGUAUGUGUGUCUUUAGUGGGCAUGAUCUAUCAGAGUGAUUUAGCCAGAGAUGCAUCUGCAUUUUUGAAAAGGCUGUUUUUGCAGCAGCUAGCGAUGAAGCUUUCUUUUGCACAAAUAAGUGUGUUCUUUUCCACCUGCCAUACCAUUGGUAGAAGAGUAUUGGAAGCUUCUUUAAAGGUUCUUGAUAGCAGAUUAUCCAAAUGCAGUUGAUGAAUGUUCACUGUCAGGAGCAGGAGAUUUGGAGUCUGCAUUUCCCAGGGUCUAAUCAUCUCAUAGGGCAGCUGAGUGUGACUCCUUCCCCAAUAAUCUACUUAACUCAGUAGUUUUCCCCUCCUGUUGCCUCACAAGGAGAAAGAGGCUCCUAGGCUGUUUGCAUGAUAAGUAGCUUCAGACUCUCCAAGCCUUUGAAGGGAAAGCUGAGAGUUAAUUGUGGCAGCUUGAACUAAUGGUUUCCCAUGUUUACUGGUAGGUUAAGUGAGAAAGAGAGCUUGAAAAACACCCUUCAUUUAAGUGCAGUAAUGGGCCUUAUAGUGAAUUUCAAGAGACAACAUGUUAAUAACUAUUCUCUGAUCUGGGGGAAAGUGUUCGCCAUGUUCUAAGGCUGAUGAAUUUGCAGGAAGAGUAUGAAUAAGUACAUCAGGGUUUUCUCCUGGGGGAAAUUAACUGGGAGACACUCUUGUUUAACUUUUUAAACAUCUGCAUAACCACUGUGGAGAGUUACCAGCAAGCUGAGUGACCUUUAGGUGGUAAUUGAUCAUGACUCACGAAAGUCCAACUCACUGCAUGUAAAAAUGCCUACCUUUGUAUGUAGGAGAUACACAUACCCACAGGACUCAUUUUACAGGUAAACCAAAUAUAUGCUACUCCAUAACUAUUGUACAAUUCUGUGCUUUAGGUUUGUGCUGUUCAUUUAAGUUUAGAAUCAUGGUUAGAAGCAUUGUAUUUGUCGUCAAAUGGUAAAAUAAUUCCUGCAUUUUCAUGCGAAAAGCAGCCAAAGAAGUGUUAAUAUCUUCAGCAGAUUUAUUAGACUGCACAUAAUCACGAUGUCUGAAAACUUUACAUAGAACUUAAAUGCUUAAAAAUCAUCCCAGUUUCCAGGAACAUUACAGGAUGGUGCACCCUGGGCCACAUCAUAAUAUACAGAACUAGCACUGGUUUGAGUUACUUAGGUAUUCUGGAAACCAAUUUAAGGUGAAUUAUUUCGAGACACUCCAUUCAGGUGCGCAACAUGAGCAUGGAGCAAUUCUGGCAGUAGACUUGUAACAGCUGUUACAAGCUGUUAGGCAACUGCGAUCAAAUUUGCAAGCUUAAAGGAAUGACGCAAGCAACUGCGGCUGAGUGUAUCAUUUGUAUCCCUUUUUUUCUAAUAAAAUUGUGGUGUGUUCUUGGAGUCCCAGAUGUCUCUAAAUUGCAUUGUUACCCAGUUUAUAGAUCGGUGAUUCCUUAACAUGGAUUGAUGAUCUAGUAACAGGUCACAGGAGGCUUGUGGUGCUACCGCCAAAGUUUCAGCAAUGAGCCUUGAAGACAAGCACAGCAAAAGGUGCUAAUGGGGCUUCACUUUAGAAAGUUAGGCAUGUGUUGGUGGUUCUCCAGUAGGGCUGCAGGGGUGCGACACAGAGUAGGAUAUAUUUGGUCUUAAGUCAUCUACCUGUAAAAUGAGUCAGAGAGGUGUGAGAUCAUACUCGUGAUGUGAGCUGGGAAGGGGUGACAGAGGGACCCCAUUUUUUGUUUUAUGGUAUGAGGACAACAUGCCAGCAAUGCCUGAUGCAAUUAAAACUUAAUAAAGAUAAGGUGCGAGCUCAUAUUGGCUAGAUUGAGCUCUAUGGCUCUUGAAGCCAAGUUGGCAUGAUCUGUGCAUUCUUUCAGCCCUGAUGAAAUGAAAAGUGAAGGAAUGCUGCAUGAAACAAAUCAGCUUGGAUACUUCAGCAAAAUCUCACUUGUGUGCUUUGAGGGUGGAGGGGAAUGCAUCCCAGUCUGUUUGAUUCUCAUUGCCAAGUAUUCAGUCAGAGAUGCUGGAGUCCCUUGCCUCUCUUGCAUUAGGCUUGUGUUGGAACUGAUGGACAAGGGUUCACCAAUAGUCGCAGGACUGGAAAAGAAAUGUAUAUCCUCCUAACUAUAGGAUGGCUUGAGUUGCUUAAAUGAGGAUUUAGGAACAUAAAUACUGAAGGUUCGAUGAUGCACUUGUGUUCUUUUGCUUUGUAUAAUACCUUAGCUUCUGUCUUGAAGAGUGAAUAUGUAUUAUCAGGCAGAACAUAAACUAGCAGUGUGUGUGUUAGUGGAAUUCUUAAUAUAUUAUUUAAUAUCUGCAUUUCCCAUGGGAUGUGUGCAUUAAUCCAUCACACAAAAUCUGUUUGCUUCAUAGAUUUGUUCUCUUCAAGAUGAAAAAUUAUGUAGCUGGAAUUUUUCAUGCUUAAUUUCUCAAAAACUGAUUUAUGAUGGCAGUGGAGCUAAGAGUUUUUCAUUUGUGAUAACAGGGCUAUGAUGGAAAUAGAGAAUAUGAGCCUGGGGACUGGGUAACCCAUACUGAAAUGUUUAUUGCUGUCUUUGAAAUGCAACAUAUUAGGUUGAAGAUGUGUCUUGGUAAAAGAGAACAGAGCAGUACCAGGCCUAGGGGAUAUUUUUAGUCUUCCAAUAACUGAAUACAUUAAAGAGAAAUCAGUUUCAUUGUCAUACUGUGAUCAAGAAUGCAGAAGUAUUCCAGGGACCACAAGACCCAUAAGGAUCUAAUAUUUUCAAUAUACCCUUAUAUUUGGGUAUAGACCUUUUUUGCAUUAACAUGGAAAAAAACCCCAGCCAGUGUAUUUCUCCCAAAAUAUCCUUUCUUUUUGUUGUGCUGAUGUAGUCACCUGAGUCAGGGCUCACUUUUUCUUUUGCUGAAAUGUAUACGUGCCUCCUCGUAUGUUGUGCGUGAAGACGACAAUAAUUCUAGAGAAAAUGUAUAUUCUGUAAAAGGUAAAGGCACCCCUGACUAUUAGGUCCAGUCGCAGACAACUCUGGGGUUGCGGCGCUCAUCUCGCUUUUCUGGCCGAGGGAGCCAGUGUACAGCUUCCUGGUCAUGUGGCCAGCAUGACUAAGCCGCUUCUGGCGAACCAGAGCAGUGCACAGAAACACCGUUUACCUUCCCUCCGGAGCGGUACCUAUUUAUCUGCUUGCACUGCGUGCUUUCAAACUGCUAGGUUGGCAGGAGCUGGGACCGAACAAUGGGCGCUCACCCCGUCGCGGAGAUUCGAACUGCCAACCUUCUGAUCGGCAAGUCCUAGGCUCAGUGGUUUAACCCACAGCUUAUGCUACAUUUGUGGGUGGGUGGUUUUUUUGUUGGUGUGGGGGGGAAUAGAGACCAGGUUCCAGUAGCUUGGUUGAGAGCAUGCUCAAGUGGCUGUUGCUGAACUCACAACUGGAGGUACUUGCUGUUCCAAUUUGAGCAAUUGUUGUGGCUCAGGAAAGGGCUUCCAUGACGGCAAAAUCAUGGUAUGGUCCCAGUUGAGGGUGCUAGUUAAUACAAGCAGCACUUGCAUCUCAGUGCUUCCUGGCUGCUAUCUCAGCAUGCUUCUGCAUUAUUGAGGGUAGGGAGGUAACCAAACUGUGCAUCUCUUUAGUUAUUGUCUUAUCUUACUAUAGAAGGUGUUUGUAAGAAAAAGGUAAUCAUGCUGCAGCAGUUUGCCUCUUGGCAGCCAUGUGAACUGCAGCACAACGAGAGCAGGUGGAAAGAGUGAGAAAAUUGUCACAGCAAACGAGCAGGCAGCUGAGUGGCCCAAGUGGUCUUUCCCUGCUCCCCUGUCACUGCCACCAACCACCUGCUUGCUUCUUAGCUCGUUCACAUGCACAAGCAACAAGCUGAGGAAAGCCCAGGGUCCUAGCGGGGAACCUGGCUGAGCGAACGAGCAGGCGAACCAUCAGGCCUUCAUGUGCUUCCUGUUCUGCAGCCCUUUGUCUGCCAUCACUGUCAAAAGGCACACUUCCUCCUCUUCAUUCCUCUGUGAGGGGUGGCCAAGGAGGAAAUGAGAUUGUCUUAGAAUUGUAGAGUUGGAAGGGAUCCCUGAGGAUCCUCUAGUCCAACCCCCUGCAAUGCAGGAAUCUCAACUAAAGCAUCCAUGACAGAUGGCCAUCCAGCCUCUGCUUAAAAACCUCCAAGGAAGGAGAGUUCACCACCUUCCAAGAGACUCUUCCCAAUGUUUAGCUGGGAUGCCAUCUUAUGAAGAUGGAAACAAUAUUUGCUCAUCUCGAGUCCACAAGGACUGUUCUCAAAUAUUAUAGGCAGAGGCUCUGAGAUUACACUUUUGGUCAACUAAUAUCCUUAUUUGCUCACAGCUUCUCCCAUUUCAUAGCCAGCAGUGGGAGCUCCUUAUGUUUUUGGAGCUGCAGACCGUGGGCUAUAGGCAUUUGAAAUUAUUCUUUUCCCACAAUGCUAUACAGAGGCAGUUUGUAUCAUGUGAGUAACUUUUUUGCUUAUGCUUUUUAUUUAUAUGUUUGUCACUGAAUCAUGUCUGUUGUCUCUGUUGAGUUUCAUUUUAUUUUCAAGCUAACAGGGCUCUAUCAAGUAGUAGUUAUGAACACACAUGAGUGUUUGUAAGGGUAGAGGUAUGAUUGGAAAUACCAUAGAAAGACAAAGUAAUAUCUUUUGACUGGACUGCUGCAUGAAAUGGAAAUGUUUCAAAAUAUGCUCAAAGCAAGCAAUCCUCUGAUUGGAAAGGUUUGCUCUAAAUGGAGGGUUUGAAGCAACUCUUCUUUCUGGAAAGAAAAUAGGCCGUCUUUGAAAUUCCACUUGGAAAUAGCGAUGCAUAUUAUCUGGCAUUGAUUUCUCUUUUAGAAAAGUAGCAACAGAUUAUAUAUAUAUAUGAUGGAACCAGAAAUGGAGGUCUAACAAUGAUAGAUGAGGGGAAACACUUAUCUCAUUUCCUCUCAUUCAGUUGGGUUAUGCAUGUGGUUUGGGACCAUAAACUCUAGGGAUUAUUUCAUCAUAGAGACAAUAAACAUUUUGGACUGAAAACUCACUACACACUUUUUCUGACUGAGUUUGACAUGCAGGAAUUCUCAUGGACUUCUGCUUUUUAUUUUCUCUUCCUCUCAUUGCUUUGCCAGCCAGUUUCGGUGAAAAAGAAAAGAGUGUUUCUUACCAACUGUUGGAUUGGGCUGUGAAGAUUUUGAAACUGUUGUAUCUGCACACAUUUAUUUCUGAUUGACAUUCCUGUAGAGUGAUUAUAGCUUUAAUCAUUUUUAAUCUUUCACCUGAAUGGUGAUCGUAAAUAAAUGCGUAAAACAAUCUCAGGUGUUUCCGUGACUAAAGGAUGCAGCUUGCCUUGUUUGAUCUUGGAGGAGCUGUUGGGGUCAAUGGUUCGUACAAUAAAGUUGAUGGUGGCCUUGGAGGAAAAUGUUAUUAAAUCAAAGGUGCAGGUUGUAAUCCUUCUGGGCAGACUCUAUCUUGCACUUGGGAUCUCUACAGUGCCUAGAAGAAUGACAGUUUUAAAAUGUGCACAGGCAUUGAUUUAGCACUAAGAACUGUUGUUUACAAUACAGCCUGAGUUGGAAACUGCAGCUAUUUUAUCAAAGUAUUAUAAAUCACUUAAAGCAUUUUAAAUCAUUUAAAAUAUGGAUAAAAAUGGAAGACAAAUUGCACUUCAGACCUGAGCAACAUAUUGCAUUUAUGUGACACUAGAAAUUAGACCAGAACUGGUAAUUCAUACAGGUUAGGGAGUGGGUGGCGCUGUGGUCUAAACCACUGAGCCUCUUGGGCUUGCUGAUCAGAAGGUCAGUGGUUCAAAUACACACAACAGGGUGAGCUCCCCUUGCUUUGUCCCAGCUUCUGCCAACCUCGCAGUUCGAAAGCACACCAGUGCAAGUAGAUAAAUAGGUACUGCUGUGGCGGGGAGGUAAAUGGCAUUUCCAUGUGCUCUGGCUUCCAUCAUGAUGUUCCGUUGCGCCAGAAGCGGUUUAGUCAUGCUGGCCACAUGACCCGGAAAGCUGUCUGUGGACAAACACCGGCUCCUUUGGCCUGAAGCGAGAUGAGCGCCGCACCCCAUAGUCAACUGUCCAGGGGUCCUUUACCUACCUGUCAUAUAGGUUCUUGAGAUUUUUUGGAAGUGCUCAGGCCCAGUCACUAAUUGAAACCCCACAUUAUAAUUUUAUAUGGUUCAGAAACAUAAAAUUGCCAAAAAGAGAAAUGAAUUAAAAAACAGUGUUGCACAACAUCUGCCUUUGUUUAGCUAAUGGCAGGCAGAAUUGUAGCAAGAGCGUCUGUCUCUGACUCGGCACUUGUUAGUUGACAACUGUGUUGCAAAUUUCAUUUUUAGUUCCCACUGGCAUCCACAGGAGACACAGAAAAUGUAUCGGUAGCUUACACAAAUAGUUUUUAUCUUCCAACUUUUAAAUCUGGAGGAACAUUAACUUCACUUAUGCCUUGCAUGGUGUGUUAAUUUUGACAAAGCCCUUUAUGCUAGGUGGGAUUUUGUAGCAGUGCUACUUUCUAGAACAAUCCAGAUAUUUACAUUAAAAACAUGUGGCUUAUAAAUAAGCAUUUACUAUUUUAUUUAGUUCUUGUGGCAUGGAUCCUUUAACAAAAUAUUGCUACUAGGUUUCCAUAAUUUGGUCAGUAAUCAAGCAAUUCCAUUAAACCUGCCUUUUUUAAAUCUUGAUUUUUUUCAGUAUGUUAUCAUCAUGUCUGGGGCUAUUGUCCAUCUGUGCAUCACAUUCAUCAUUUAUAUACCGGUAAUCACAUCUUUUCAACUUCCAACUUCUGAAAUUGAAUGGUGCAAAGGGAUGUGUUUCUUUUAUCACAGAUUUGACUCUGCAUUUGGUGCCAAACUUGUUCUAGGAAGCCUAGACAUUUUCUCAGGCUUCCUGGAUAGUUUUUGUAGGUUGCUAUUUCUCAGCCUCAGUGCCCCGUGUGUAAAGUGUAAGUGACCUACUUGGAACCUCUGUCACAUAAGCCUAGUGGGAAUUGUAAAGGGAAAUUUGGAAGAGAAUGUUGACUGGUUUGAAUCAAAGCUGUCAACUUUUCCCUUUUCUUGCGAGGAAUCCUAUUCGGAAUAAGGGAAUUUCCCUUUAAAAAAGGGAAACGUUGACAGCUAUAGUUUGAAUACGACUGGCUUCUGCCGGUGAAUUUUAACUUGGGGUCUUUUGGAGACAAUUGAAUAAGGAAAAGCCUGUUCCCUUCCUUGAGAUUUGGGAAUUGGGCUAACAGCCAAUCCAAUAAGCUUACAUACAGACCCUCACCAUUGGAUGCGACUUUCUGAGUCUUCAGCAACCACUCACCUAAGCCUGCUCUUGAUAACAAAAGCGGACUAAAGAGCUAACAUUGUUUCCCAAGCUGUAACAUUUAAAAAUGAGGUCAAAAGUAAUAACGGGUCGGUUUCCUUGGUGCAGGAGGCCACAUGUACACUUGAAAUGUUUACACUGACUCAUCACUCAGGUGAAAGAACCGGGCUGCCACAAAGUAAUACAAGACCAAUUCCCUAGAGAGGCAGGUGAGGGUAUUUACAAAUAAGCUACCUUGAGGGUGUGGAAUAUUGACUUAAGUGACUGCAAAAGUGAUCACUACCCAACAGGAAAAUGUCAGAAAGGGAAAGGGUGAGUGCAUGGGGGAAGUGUCUCUUUAACAGCAACAGCAGACUGGUUUCGGUUAGAUUUAUGCAUUCAUCUUCUAGUUCAGUGUUGCUAAACUGGUGCUUUCCAGAUGUUUUGGACUGCAACUCCAUCAUCCCUGACCAUGAGCUGUUGUGGCUGGGGCUGCUGGGAGCUCCAAAACAUCUGCAGGGCCAUAUUGGCUCUCUGUGUCUUACAGUUUGUUCUCUGAUGUCUGAACACUGUUAAUUAAUUGGAGCUUCAACAGGAAAAUGAAAAAGAAUAACAUGGAACGGCAGCUCUCUGGUUGCAGCCAAUCUUCGCUCUCAAAAACUGGUGACAUUUUGCAUAGCAAGAGCAGCUUGCCUGGGCAUCUUUAUCACCCAUUCCCAAGGUGUUGAAAAAGCACCAAGAGAACUGCUCACUAACUUGGCAAGACUCUGGCACUUGGAAGCCCUGCAAGGCAGGAGACAGUGCCCAUCAUUGUGCAGUCCUUCUGUAAUGUAUGUGAGUGAGUAAAACAGACCCGAGUGACUCAUUUCAGGGGUACAUUUCUGUUUACAUUUGCCAUGCACGAUUUUGCAUAUUUUCUUUGGAGGCCUAAUUUCAGUCAUCAUGAAAGUAACUACUUCCCUUUUUUGAGGCAUAGAUCUCAAAUUUGUUCUUUUCCAUCCAGCUAUACUAGUCUGGCUUUUCCUUCAGAUUUCAAUCUCAGCCCCCCUUCCUUUUCAUCUUCCUCUUAUAUUUUAACAAUUCUACCUCUCAGGCUAUUUGAGGGAGUUUCCCUAGAAAUAUUAUGUAUCACAAAUUUCCAUCUAUGAUCUUGAUCUGCUUUCAUUCUCUAAGAAUCUUGUAUCUUUUGACUACUGAUUUUAAAUUAAUGCAUAGAAUCUAGCAAUGAAAAUGUAACGGAUUUUUAAAAGGCACAGAGAAACAUAGCAGAAAACUGAAGUAUAAAUAUUCAUUGUUUUCCUCCUCUUGUGCAAAGACUGUGCCUUUAGCUACGUCGCAGAGAAAUGUACAUCCUAUCUUUCAGCAUAAGUAGUGCAAUAAAGAACCAAGUUACAUAUGGCACAGGACAGCCUUCACCAUCCUGAUGCAGUCCAGAUGUUUUGGAUUACAACUUUCAUCAGCCCCAGUCUCAUCUGGCUCUGCUGCCUGGUGCUGAUGGGAGUUGUAGUCCAUCUGUAGGGCACAAGGAUAGCGAAGGGUGGCAUACAAAAUGGCCAUCACAUCUCCAAAUAUUUUUAGUUUUCUUUUAAAGCUAAGACUUCCCAAUUGGACCGGAACACCAGCUAAACAUAAAAGUAGCCUUGUUGGGGUCAUAGAACUAUAGAGUUGGAAGGGACCUUGAGGGUCAACUAGUGCAACCCCCUGCAACGCAGGCACCCUGCCCACAGCCGUCCCUGGUUGGGCCCGAACCGCCUACCUUCUUGGUUAAACAGCAUCUCUUUGUAAAAUUAGCUAUCAGGGAGGUGGGAUGAGAAUAGUAGUGGCUCAGAUGAUCGAGUUAUUUGAGAUCAGAAGUUAAGUUCCAGAACUCAUUUGUGUUUUGCUAAUUACUGAAAAUGUUCAUAUGGCAUUUUUCAUGUGCAAAUCUCUUUUAAGCUUCUAAUGUAAUUUACAAUCAUAUUGCCUUCAUUAGUGGAGAUGAGCUUUGUUCCCAUUUCAAACUAGGGCUGAGUGAGCGGCACUUGUACAGAAUCUACAAAUGCCCCUUGUAUUACGUCAGCUACACGGGAAGAAGCUUUUUUCUACAAGGGAAGAACUAUUUUAUGAUGUGAAGUUGUUCUUCUAGAAACUUUAAUUUUGUAUUUGAGAUUUAUAAUAAUUACAGAGAUAAUUAGGUUUUGUUUUGAUUCCUUUCAGGGAUGAUGGUGGUGAUCGUACUACUGCUGAUUGCGAUAGUCGUCGUUGCUGUGUGGCCCACAAAAUAACCAACGGAGCUAUUACUUUGGAGCCAUUGCACUCUGAGGCAAGGAAAAUUCGAUCUCAUUACUGACACUUUCUGUGGACUUGGCUGUAUUUGACUCGUUCUCAGUGCACUGGCAGAAGCACGGCUGGUGGAGAAAUUCAUUUUGCAAAAAUCUCUAUCCAGUAGGACUUGAUAUUUUUGAGAAUGUUACUGGUAGGAGGCGAAUCUCCUAACAAACAUCAAAGCAUAAAUGCAAUUAAUUCCAAUUUCACCUGUCUCUGCUAGGUGGGAUCUACAGUUAAUCUCUAGAAUGCCAAGCUAAGAUAUUGGAGUUUUCAUUCUAACAUUAUCUUUGAAGCUGAAAUUAAUACAUCUUGGUUUUGAAUGUCAGGGCAGUGGAUCUGGUGGUGUUCAGGCAAACUGCUGCUCUGAUCCAUGUUCUGUUGCACAUGGAUAUUUGCACAAACCUUUCAGAUGCACAUAAAUCCUGGAUAAUCUUUGGCUUGAGACAGAACAGUUACUGCUGUUACAUUUAUAUAGACAGGAGCAAAUUGGUAUUGUUUGGAAAAUAAGAUGAUAUUUCUAUCCUAAAAUGCAAACACUAACACAUUAUGCUGUGCUGUGUAGUUUUCCUCCUAACUACAUUAAUAGCAGGGAAGAAACAUGAUUACCUGAAGCUCCAAAAUCUAUAUUUUAGAUGAGAAAUUAAAAUAGUUGAGAGUAGCAAUACAAAAAGUCGCUAUUUAAUAUUUGCUCACCUCCAGAAAUCAUUAUUUUGCUACAUAUGUGCCAACUUGAUUGAUCAAUUUACUACAAUAACAAGACGGAAUAAAACACUUAAUUUCUGUAUUACUCUUUGGGCACAUCAUUAUUUCAUUUUCUGCCCCUCUUUUCUUUUCUUUGUUUUGUUUUCCUGUGGGUCAGGGAAGUUUGAAAUCUAAAGAACUUUAAAGACUGCCUCUGGCUGUCAACCCACCUAAGCUCUGAUAUUUGUUGACUGCAUGAAUUUUAGGAAAUGGUUCUAUGAGAACAGUAGAUUUUUAAAGAAAGCUGCAUUAGGACGUGUGUGCCCACAUCCAAGACAAUGCAGGAAGCAGCUGUGCAAAUCCUUUUAUAAUCAAUACUUCAGUCUCCAGAGCAUGUUGUUUUGGCCAUGCUACAGUAAAUAGUGAACCUCUAAUCCACUGUUGGGAAUGGGUGGUAUACUGCAAAGAUGAGAAAUCCUAGAUCAAAAAGAUAUCCACUGGAAGGAGAUGGGUGCAUAUGCAAUCAUUAGCCCUUUUGUUAAAGACUCCAUAGAGGUGGUUGGUUCUAGAGCUGCUCACCAUAUGGAUGUUCCCUUACAAUAGCCAAAAACAACGUGGGAAGAUGGGAAGCUGCCUUCUACUGAGUCAAACCAUUGGUCUAUCUGGUUCAGUAUUGGCAGCAGCUCUCCAGGCAGGGGACAUUGUCAGUCCUACCUGGAGAGGUUAGGGGUUGAACCUUGGACUUUCUGCUUGCAACGCUCUUAUCACAGAGCAAGCAAAGAAUGCAAAGGAGAAUUAUCAUGCAGAGUCAUGCAGUGAUCGCAUAAACAUGGCAGACUCUGGUGAGACAUGGUCAGCAAAACUAUGGAUUCUGUUUGCGUUCUUCUGGAAAGUAACAGCACCACUUUCCACUGAAGAUCAUUCAAACAUUUUGUGUUACUUAUUACUGGAGGUUAUCUUUUGAACCUGGGGCUGGCUGAAAGUUGUCUUUUCCAUAGAUGGUUCCCCCGCCCCCGACCCCCCCUUUCUAAGUUGUAAUAAAGAAAUGAAAGCCAAAAAGUAAGUAAAGCAGCUUUUCUAGAAAGAGAUGCAUUCAGCCAGAUCUGUAUUGGAACCCAAGUUGGUUGAACUGUGUGGUACUGAUUAAAUGGAGGGAAGAGCAAGAGACAUCACCAGAGUUGGGUGCUUCUUCCAUUACCUGUGGUGUGGCUGGUACUCCCCCAUGGCUUCCAGAAGAGCUGGUAUGGAAAUCUAGUGUUUCAUUUCUAAAAUGGUGCAUGGAAGUGUCAUCUUUUGAGCAGGAAGCCUAUCUCUAACUUCAGAUUUUGGAGAGGAGUUGCUCAUGGUUCCUUGGUAGUAAAGGACUUAGUCAAGGUAAGUUCUCACUCUAAUUAAUCCAUGGAGCAACAACAGUUGCAGGUUGGUGUUGCCACUGGAAAAACCUAACAGUAUUUCCAAGCUUCCCAGUGGGACCACCUUUACAAGAGCAGAACAUACUUAUUAUCUGUGAUAAUGAGUAACAAUACCCAAUUAUUUCUGCUUGGGAAGGCUGGUGUCCGGUGUACUUCCUUCCUUGGUUCAAAUAUGUGCAGAAUAAUUGGCUUUCUCAACAUGAAGGGUGUUUUGAAGGUGAAAGAAAAAUGCAGUUGCUACAGAACUUCACAAAGGCCGUAGUUACAGCAGAAGCAAAAUUCAGUACACAUAAAAACAGCUUAUGUUGUUGUGCUUGCUUGAUUCUCCACUUCUGAUCUAGUAUUGUUGCUGUUUUUCAUUACUUUUCGAAACCUUAGAGGGAACAGUUGUAAGAAAUAUUUGCUUAUUUUCAGUGGAAGAUAUUGUAUUCCCCGAAGCUCACAGAAUCACACUGCUAAGUAUGUAAGAGUCCUUCGGAUCAUACCAAAGGCCCAUCCUGUCCAGCAUCUUGAUUUUCACCGUGACCAGUCAGAUGCUUAAGAGACACCUACAACAGAAUAUGAGCACAAUAAUUAACUCUCACUUGUUUCCCACAGCUCUGGUAUUUAGAGGUAGACUGCCUCUGAUCCUGGAGUUAAUCAGGAUCAGCUAUCCCGAUUAGCAGCAUUCGAUAGCCUUAUAUCAUCCAUGAAUUUGCCUAAUCCCCUUUCAAAGCUAAGUUGAUGGCAAUUAGCACAACUUGUUCAUCCUGUUUCAACAGAAGAGACUGGCAUAAGGUGAGUAGAAGUUUACAAGAGUUUAUUUGACAGAUGUCUGGAUUUAGUCCUAUCAAAUGGAUCCUGCACAGUUACAUGCUGCUCCUGGUUCAGUUGUCAGCCCAUCUAACAAAUAAAAGAAAACGGAGGGAGGGGGAAUAAGAAAAUCCACAACUUUUUUCCCACAUGUCAUUAAAUAUAUUCAUAUAUAUAACCAUAAUAUAUUAGUAUGCAUUGUAAAGAAACAUUGCCCCAAAACUAUAUGUAAUAGUCAUAACUAAACAACAUUUACAAUUCAUGAUAUUAACAGGAAUAAUCAAAACACAGCUGAUUUUUUCCCCUGCGUAAUAGGGAAAAGGUAAGAUGAUCAAGGGAAUGAGCAUACAAUGAACCAGCUAAAACAAAACAUAAAAUGGGGAGGAAGCCAUUGUUCAAUGUUACUCAUGAGUGGUGAUUGUUUUGGCAUUUCAGCUGCUUCUCAGAAUGGUUUGUGUUGCCCUUUUACCCUGUCAAUGUAGAGCUUGGAAUGUUUCUCAAGAAGACCUUGAAUGUAGUCUGCUGUGUGGCACUCCUAGAGCAGGUGCAAGGCAUCAACUUCCUUUUUUUGAGAUUCAUUUAAAUACUAAAUUUGGUGGUAGUUUUACUUAUUUUCUCAACUGCAAAAAAAAAAAAAAUUAGUUCUUUAGGAAACUACGGCUUGCCAUUCUGCUUUCUAAACCACCACCUUUGCUGGGCUGCUCUUGCCGAGUUCUAGUCCCUUAAAUUUUGGCUGUGAAACCAACAGGAAAGGAUUAUUGACCUUCUCUGUUAUGAAAGGUUGCCUAACUGAGUGUUAGCCUCCGAAUAAAAAGGACAACCCUAAAUGUAAGAGACAAUCCUGACCAUAUACUACCUCCUAAGCACAUUUGAUGGUGUAGAAAGAUUUGAAGCGCCACCAAAUAAGUAGCCCCAAGUAUGCUGAGGCUGUGUUGCUGUAUUUCUGUUUUAGAGAAAAAAAAGAGAGGGGUUCUAGAAUGUAAGCCAACCCCCCCAAAUAUAACUCCUUUUAUUUCAUAGUUUACUGAUUGAAGCUGAAAGUCUCUCUGACUCUCCUAUAUGCUCAUUGCAGUAUACCUAGACAGGUAAAUUCUUUAAAUGUGGGAUGUGCAAAACAAACCCUUAAGCCUGCCAAUAUAGAUGACAAGGAAAAGGCUUUUCUUACUAAUUUGGGAUGAGGAGAAAGUAAUCUAAAAAAUUACAUUUCUGGUUAAUAUACAGUUUCUGAGUUCUAGCCUAUUUUACAUUUUGUACUAUACAGUCAGCAUUCUUGGUUUUCUCUAUAAGCUCCCCCCCCCCCCUUGGCUGCCUUUGCUAUCUUGGUGUCUCCAUGCCCCUUUACAGCUCUCUAGGAUAUCGGUGUCCACUAUGGAAGCGCAGGUCAUUUUCCAGCUGUCCUAUAGGGGAUUGGGCAAACGGUGAGGGUAUCUGUUUGUAAACAUUGUUUUGAGGAAUUAUUUAGUGGUUAUCAGUACUAAUUCCCAAAACCAAACAUAGAACUGGCUCCUGAAUGCUCACAGGAAUAUAUAUGUGCUGCUGUGUAGUUCAGAUGCAGAACAGAACUGUCAAGGGGAAACGACAUCACACCAAGAUCUGUAUUGUAGCCAGAGAAUUCCAUAUGGAAAGCGAGGAACGAGAGGUUUGUGUCAAGGAGAAGGAUGCACUCGUCAGGCUGAGAUGGAUUUUUAGGAGCUUUGAUUUUUCUUUCUGAAUUUUCAGUCUAGGAUAAAUCUUUUGUCAGACUACUAAGCACGUUAUAUGAAAAUCAAAUUGUUUUCUGUUCAAUGCUGGAAUACUAAUGAGAACUCAGACAAAAGCCCCUCUCCUCCUCCCUGUUACCUUUAGGACACACAGAAAAUAUGCAGUCACUGAGCUACCCCACAGGGCACAGCUCAGAGAAGAGUCUGAACCUGACUAAGUUACAGCUUAGGCAGAGUAUCUUUAUACCCUGUUUUACCCAGGCUGUGUGACUUGUAAAACCCCUGCGUUCCAUUGAUUUUAAAAUAAAAACCAGGCUUUUCGAAGGGCUCUCUGUUUUCUUUAGUGUCUAGGUUCUAUAUGAAAAAUAGAUGAAAUUUUGAGAGGGAUGUUUAAAAACAUUAAUU